GCAAGAUGAACUGAUGUCAUUACAGAUGUGUAUCAGAAUGUUGCCAUGACAUCAUCACUUGGACAUAUCUCUCCCUCCCUUCUCCCUGCCUCACUCUCUCCAUCUGUCAGUCACCCAGAGCUACACACUGCUUGGGAGCAAGGACAGACACACAGACAUUCACACACAGCAAGCUCUGAGAUCACAGAGAGCAGCAGGUUUACACUUUACAGACAGUGAACUGGUGGGAAAUAACUGAUCCAGGAGGACAGGCUGAGAGGAGAUCCAGAAUCUGUCCAGAAGGAGGUGUACAGGGAGAGUGAGUGGGAGCCAGGCUGCUGCACAGCACAGAGAGUGAGGCUCCUAACCUGCCCUGCUGUCAGUAUACCAGGUAAGACACAGCCUGCUUUACUUGUUACAGGAGCUAAUGGGAGCAGAGAGGGGGGCAGCCUGAUCACUGAGUACACAGUCAGCAAACAUGGAGAUAGUUACAUGAAAAUAACAUUGAACUGAAAUAUCUGAAAUUGCUGAUAAAAGUCAGAUCAAAAAUCAACAGAUAUGAAAAUCUAAAAGUAACAAUCUGUGAAGGAAAAGAAACAAUGGUUUUAAAAUUUCUUUUAUUUACGUUUUUUGCAAUUUUCUUUCAAACAUAAAAUGAGUUAUUAACAAAUUUAGGAAUGAUAACAGGAAAAAAACAGGAAAUGGGAAAAUGGUAUUAAAAUGUAUGAGGAUUACUAGACAUGUAACUUAAUUUAUCUGAAUUGAACCCAAUUCUUGACCAUGGGUUUAUGUUAAUCUUCAUAUCAUGAUGGUCCUGGUAUUCAGGGGUUAAUAGCUGGGUUCUAGCACCUGAGAGAAUUUUAUCAGAAACUUUACUUUUAUAGAAUACGGAAAAUAAUGUGUUAAAACAUGAGGUGGAGUUUCCUAUCUUAAAGCAAUUCAGGAACUUCAUUCUGCAAGAGGAGCAAAAGACAGCGUCAUUCUUUAGGUUGCUAUGGCGACUGCUCCACUUUUACACUUUUAGAACUUGUCCAAACAAUUGUGUUUCACACAAAGUGCUAAGUAUUAAGGGGGGGCAGUUUCCAUGGCAACUACUCACCUCUUAGAACUCUGUCCCCAAAUGUUACAUUUCCAUUUUAAUAAAAAAAAUACAUCCAGAUUUAGAAUUUGUUUUAUUUAUUUUUUUACUGAAGUAAAAUUGAAUUGGCUGAGUUGUUAUUUGGAUUAAACAGACAUUUUGCAAAAUAUAAACUGUAAUCACCAUUAAUGGAAAAAAGGAAAACUUAGCAAUUUUGCUUUUGGUUUGUAAUUUUUCAAUCUGCUGUUAAUGGAUCUGAAUUCAGUGUUUAGUGAAUUAACCCUUUUUUCCCAUUUAAUAGAAUAAAGUGAUAAAUGUAUAAAAUGUAUAAUUGCAGCAAGUGAAACGUUUCCAGCUAAUCUCAUGUUUCAUAACAGCUGUGCACCAAUGUGAAUAAAUUCUCUACUACAAUCAUGCCAAUAUAACAUACAGGGUUAUUCGGUAAAAAGGGAAUAGCUAGGGAGAAUCUCACUAAACCGCAAAUGUUCUCAGCUAUGAGAGUUAACCCAGAAUUCAGUCUGGCUAUUUUAGACUAAAACUUUAUUCACUUUAAAGAUUUACCGCAGACACCAUCGUUUAGUGUAGGCUUCCCCAAACUCCUGUCCUCCAGAUGUUGCUGAACUACAACUCCCAUGAUUCUAUGAAUGAAAUAGAUAGGCUAAGAAUCAUGGGAGUUGUAGUUCAGCAACAUCUGGAGGGCCGGAGUUUGGGGAAGACUGGUAAUGGUUUUUGUGUCUGAAGUUGCUCUUUAAACUCGCUUUGAAAUCAAGGCAAUUCGCAUUUUAUUGAAUACCCCUGCUAGCAAUUUAAAAGAAAUUCUGAACUCACAAUAUUCUUUGAUCAUUAUAUGACAUUAUAUGACAUCUGUUUUAUUGAAUAUAUUUUUGCGGGUUGUGAAAAGUUCACCCCAAAAGCUACACGUCUCACUUUUUACGGUGAUGCUGGUUAAACACGAACGGCGUAAUAGCUUUAAAAAAUAUAAAGAUGGCUGUCUAGUCUACAUAAGUAACCGUCUAGUAAAGAGUAAGACAAUAUAUAUAUAUACAGCUAAUGGGCAAAGGACAUUUUAAUCGCACAAUUUGUAUCGAGGGCGCAGUUAUACAUUUUCAUAAAAUUUUCCAUAGUCUUUUAAAGGAAUCCGGUAUAAAAAUAUUAUUGUCGUCAAAGUGACAAGUUUAGUGCAACAUUUUAAUGUCUCUGCAUUCCAGGGAACACUUCGUUAAUACAAUGCUGUGUGUAAUGACGCACUUUGUGACCGUUAGCAAUAACCUUCCACUUUAACUCUCAUCACUCACACUGUGUAUGAUUUAAAUAUUUUAUUAUAUGCAGAUGUAUAGCUAACCAUAAUGAGGAUAAUGAACAUGCCCUAGACUUUCACUUACAUCACUCUCAGCCAGGUGAAUAUUUGCUGUGAGAAAUGGGAGUUACUGUCUACUAUAUGUUGCGUGCAGGAAUAUCUUUGUAACAACCAUUGUGGAUAAUCCACAUCAGUUAGGCGGUAUCAUCGCCAUUAACUCUAUGUAACACAAGUCCCAGCUAUUGGGGCACGUUUAUGCUUCCUACGAUAUUAGAAAGAGCUCUCUUGUGAAUGGCCCUGUAAUAAUUUAGCAUUAUUAUAUAUGUAAUGCUAUUGGACCUGUGGCAUUCCAUUGACCAAUAUUCUAAUUGCUAAUUUUUUUAUCUAAUAUUUCUACACAAUAUGAUUUAUAAAGAGUUUUCGGGGUUCCUUGGUUUAACGCGGAAUAUUGUGAUUAGUCUGGGAAACUUGUCCUUAACAUUUUAUUUGACAGGGACUCAAAUGAUGUACAUGGCAUUACCUUGGAGACUUACAGCGUUAUUUACUAAGGUGAGAGUUAUUACGUGACAUUAAGUCAGAGUGAUGGAACUAAUAGCUGGCUGAAUUUUCACGUUUUGACCUUAAAUUUGAAAUUCACUUUAAAUUUUCACUUGAAAAAAUAACUGUCAUUCUUAAUCGCUAACAUUAUGUACAUGACCCACGCUGCAGCUGUAAUGUAAAAUAUGACAUCCUGCAUUCUACAUACACUUACAUCACAAUAGUCUCUGUCGGGGAGGAAAGGUGGGAAGGGGAGAAGGGGGCUGUGUUCCACCGGGGGCUGGGGGUGGUGGUUCAGUGCUGCUGCACUAAACUGUUUACUAAUGUGAUGUGCCAGCUUCAAACAUUGGGGGGACUCCGAAAUGGCAUUACGACCCCCCAAUUUUGGGUAGAACUUGUUGAGUAAAAUAAAAUAUACCCUAAUAACAGAUGGGGAGACUAAAGGGAGCUCUAAGGCAGCUAGGCUUCCAGUUCAGAUAUUUUGGUCCACAAUUUGAAUUCACAACAAUUGUUACUUCAGUAAAUAACCCUGAGAGAGGGUUAAAAACCUAUUUUUUUAAUUAUUUUUUUUUUAUAUAUGUGUGCUCACCCAAUCAAGCAAUCAUGGAACAUGUAUGCACAUGGCUACUUUAAUAUAUUUAAAUGGCAAGAUAGAGUUUAUUCAAUAAGACGGGAAUUGUGCGCAAAUUGAAAACUAAAUUGCAACAUUCAGGCUAAAAUAACUAAAGCUGAGCUUGUUUAUUUUCAAAGUUGGAGAGUUUUCCUGUUUUUGCCAGAAUUUUGCAAUUAGAUUUUCAAUUUACUGUUGAACGAAUAUUCCUGAAUGUGUUGGAAUGUGUUACGGGCAGUGAACACAAAGUGUGUACUACCAGGAAAAUAAUGUGCAUUUUAUUGCAGAAAAAGCUGCUUUUUUUAACCUUUUUAUUUUGAAAACGACAGUUUCCAAUUUCUUGACACUCAACAAAUUAAAGGGACAUGCAUCACUUGGCAAUUUAUUUAAACCAGCAAGCCAACAACUGUUAAAGAAACGUACAAACCAUAAUAAAGGAAGAAAAACGUUGAAAAGUAUGUAAUAAAUAUUUAUAUACUAACUAUAAACUUGGUCAGAUUGCAUUGUUAGGCAUGCCUUUCAGCUAGGGAGUUUUUCCAGCCCCCCAUACCACCUUUAACCGGCAUCUCAAUCUCUUGCACCCUGUUUUUUGCUGUCCCUAAGUCUAGGGUUACUAUAUCUCUCGUGUGGAGAGAGCCGGCCUGCAUUUCGGUUUUGGACUACCCUAUUCUCUUGCGCUCUGUUUUUUUGCUCUUCGUUGCCAUUAUGUUAAAUAGGUAGCCAAUGCAGGUGUCGCAUUCAGUGAAAUACAAUAGAAUCGAUCAGAGUUUCAGAAACCAGCAGAAUAUUUAUAUUAAACAAAUGCAGACAGAACAAAAGCAGGUUUAAAUGACAUUUUCAUAUUUACUUGCUUCUUCUUUCUCAUGGUUUCCACACACACUCCAAGAGACACACUGAUCUAACCAAUCAGUGUCCUAUCCCUAGGAAUGCUGUAAAGGUGUAUUGGGCAUGCCUGAUAGAUUUACACAUGUGUACUUGGAAGAUUUGUUCACGUUGCAACAUCCUGACAGGGGGAGAAGAGAAAGAGUCUGAUCUUUCAGAUAAUGCAGAGCAGGCUCAUGUGUCGGGUUUCUACCCACUGAUGGUGCCCCGUUUCUGUCAUUAGUUGACUGGUCUGAAACUGAGAUCAGUGUCUCCCUUGGAGUGGGUGUGGUAAAAGAAAAGGGUAGGCCGGCUUUCUCUACACGAGACACAAGACAACCCUAGAUGAUCAUUUCGUAAAUCUUAAACUUAGAGACAGCAAAAAAAACAGGGUGCAAAAGUACAACUUAGACCCACCGAAAGGCAGGAUACUUGAGCAGUUAUCUGUUCUCAUGCAACUUUUUUUUUGUCUCCAAAAGUUUAAAGGGUAAUCCAGAAAAGGACCUCUUGCUCAUGGUGCCUGGGAAGGUAUUGGCUAUACCUCACCAAUGAGGCCUAACAAUGCCAACAUGAUCGUCUGGUAUUGUUGUAUCUCUCUGUAAUAGCACAAGAUAAGCUGAAACCAGCAAGAGAUCUGAGUGAGGACCCACUGAAGUACACGCUACUUGAGCUGUUAUACGUUCUCAGUACUCUCUUGUAUCUUGUUUUGUUGUUUUAAUGGCAAUAAAGCAGCAAUCUGUUCUCAGCCUGGCACUGAUCUCUCCCAGUAUUACUUGGACUGAUCAUGUCCAGAUUGGGCCCCCCCUACGGUGUCAUAUGGUGUCACAUCCCAGAGUGCUCUGUUUCUAUCUACAUGUAUGGAAAAUGGAGGGGCCAUAUUGCAUUAAUCAGUUGGUGAGGUUUUAAGAUGGUGGAGUGCCAAACUCCACCCACAUAAUUUGACUUCACCCCCCACUCUGAAAACCUCUCCUCUUGCUAUAUUGGAUUCAUAGGAAAUAUUAAAAUAGCUGUCAAAAUGUAAACAAACAAACAAAAUAAAAGCAGACUUUAUUGGUGUAACCUUUCCAGUGCCAGUAAAUAUAUUAUUUUACUUGAAUCAACAUAUAAGAAAGUAAACUAUUCACAAUAAGGCCAAUCACUAAAUAUAUGACAAUAAUAUACAUGUGAUAACUCCAUGACACUUGUGGAAACAUAAUGUGCAAAAAAAAAGAAUGAGCAGAAAAACAAAGUCCUUACUAGAUGAGAAUUGAACAUUGCUUUACAAGCUCAAUGCAUUACUUCUCAGCUACUUUUGAACUAUCAUUCACUAGCCAGUCAACUCAGAUGCCCUAAGUAAAUGGUGCACUUAAAAAAAAAAAUCACCUCUUGGGGAAUAUAGAGCAUGUCUGAAGUGCUUUCUGACUAGACAAAUGUAAAAAACGACCUCGAUUCUACACAUGCCCAGUUGCCUUCAACAGUUUAUCCAGAUAGUCGUCAUUCAUUAUGCCAUAAUUUAUUAUCAGUGAGUCAGUUUGUGCUGUAGUGAAAGAAUGGGAGGGUAUCAGGGUAAAUUAUAGCACUGCAGUGCUCUGUGGUGCAUGUUUACCAUUUAUAAUGAAAAUGUGCAAAUCUAUCCUUUCCCAAAGUGACACAGUGUCAGUAAUUCUGUCUGUCACCACAGACAAUAUAUAUAUAUUUUUACGUUAUUAUGACCUCCAUUAUCUGGUAGGGUGCUAGUGCAACCCUAUGGAUGUGUCACCACAUGAGUGUUUUGUGGGGCCCUAUAACAUGAUAAUUUUGUUACCUCACUGAGUGACGGUCAGAGCUCCAUAUAACUCCUAUCACACUCAUCCAGCUAUAGCUGAUGGAGUGGCUGGAUUUGUUUUUCGUGCCAGACAGUGUGCAAAACAAGAAGUUAAGGAAAGAAUCUUGCCCCGAUGGACAUAAAACAAACAGUGAGUUUAUUAACAAUCAGCAACAAGUUCCCAAUGGAGAAUGAUCUCAGGCCAAGAGAGCCUCUGGAAUCCUUAUCGUUAACAUAGUCAGUGAUGUCUACAGAAAAUACUCAUCUUGUUCAAUCCCUGGGGUAUAAACAGGAACUCUAUACCCUACAGCCUGAAUGCUCUCCGAUUGACAACGUGGUAGGAUUAGGGCCAAUUUAAAACGUUUCCAAUUAUCAGCUAGAACAGACAACACCCAGCUGUUGAGUAAUUUAGUAGCUAGGAUAUAAGGGCAUUUGGAGAAUCACUUAGACUGGAAGAAUUUAUCCUGUCUUGGAUUCCUUUCUUACAUACUACCUAGAGUCCUAGACAAUCUACGUGGCCAGUCCUUCCGAAGCCACCAGGUUGAGGCUUAUUACUCCAGCUACUCAUUGUUUCUAUUGAUACCUUUAUUUAUGUAACAAAAUAGUGUUCUUGUCCAGAGCGCUUUACAUAGACUAGUAAUAAUACAAUUGCAUUCAUCAAUUAAUUAAUAAAUUGAGAACCCAAUGGCAAAGUAAAUAAAACCCAACAUAAAAUAUUAUACAGAUUAUCAAAUCAAAUCAAACGUGUGCAUAGAUGGAGUUAAAUGAGAAGAAAAGGUCAGGGUGAUGUGAUAAUGGGAGUAGGAAGAGUAGUCGAAGUAGUCGUUAGGAUGGAAGAUCAUUGUAUGUUUCACAAAGUAGUCGUUAGGAUGGAAGAUCACUGUCUGUUUAUGUGGAAGCCUGCAAAGUGUCUUUUAAGGAUUCGUGAAAGAGAACUGGACAAUUGGAUGUUGAAAUGGAGUUUAUUCAGAUUAUAGGUGUUUUGGUUUCGGGGUACUGUGGACGAGCAUCUAAAAUGUCAGGACAAAUGUGUCCAAGAUGGCAGCCUUCAUUAUAGGUUUGUAAGCUAAAAAGAGGUCCAGGACGUGGCAGAAGUUUAGAAAAUACUUCACCUUUUAUUAAGGUCUUGCAGCAAGCAACCUUUUGACCUAAGCAAAUGCUGUGUUGUUCUUGACAAAGACCUUAGUUAAGUCAUAACAUUCAUUGCGGUGGGAUCUCAAUAAAAUUUGAAGGAUUUUUACACUUCUGUGGUUUGGCAGAAAACGAUAAAAAAACCCUCACAAAAUAUGACAAUGAGAAACACAUCCUGGAACAUGCAUUAUUAAAUAACAUAACAGCUGCAAGGACAUGGAGGUAUACACCAGACAGCGUAAUCACUAUCAAUGGUCAAGAAUUGUGAGAGUGAAUUCAAAGUGAAUUUCAAACUUUUGGCCAAAAUUGUCAAAUGGAAAAUAGAGCUGACUUGAGGAUUUGUUUUACUACUUUGACCACAAAUUUGAAAUUCACUUUGAAUCCCUAACAGUUUACAUGUUAGUUAAUAACCCUGUGAGAAUUGUGGACAGACCAGGAAAUCACCAAUGUCAGGUUAAAAUCACUGAUCAGGAAAUAUCAAUGAGUUCAGAAUUUCACCAAUUCAGCUACUCUGGCCAAAUAUUAUUAAAUCCUUCAUUCAUUUAAUUUCCACAUUUCCUUUUAUUUCCGAAACCCCUAGGUGCAAUGCUCUGCAUACUCUCCCUGGGAGUAAUGCUCUGCAGUGUCAGCCUUGCAAUGAUACUUGCACUGAUGUUAUAUACCAAUAAAAACAUAUGGAUUUCAUAAAUAAGAUGUGUAUGCUAAUGGACUGAAAUUAACCCUUUCCCUGUUGGUCUCUUUUUGUCUCCUCUGUUUGCAUGAUGACAGGUGAUUCGUGCCCUGUUCCCUCUCUUACAAUGUCCUCCCCCCUCACUCUGUACCUGCUCGUCUUGUGUUUUGGGGUCUCCCUCCCUGCCCCUUCGUCCACCACAACUCAAUGCGCAGAUGCUGGGGUCCAAUCUCUCCUCAAGCGCCUGGAAAUUUUGGAAAAGUUGGUAAGAGACAUAAAGGGACAGUGCACCCCUCCCUGCUGUGCGAAUUCACAGACCGGUGCUGGUAAGUGAACAUAAAUCCAAUAAUCAGUACAUAGAGCUGCCAAAUGUCAAUAUAUAGAUAUAUCAAUUGUCAAUAUAUAUUGCUACAAAUUACUCUGUAUAUAUAUAUACAAAGCAAAUGAAAGAGCACGCCAUAGGAUUUUUUCAAAGGUAUAAUGUGAAAUCAAUGUUUUGGCCCUCCUGGGUCUUUAUCAACAUUAUUAUUACUUUAUGUUUGAUGUUAUGGUGAGUGCCAGAAACUGGACUUUUUUGGGAUAUAUAUAUAUGUUUAUAUAUUUACUCAUAUUCUUUUAGAAUGCAGAGUUUUAACUACCAGUGUAUAGACAUUCACCAUAUUUAAAGGAGCGGUUGUUCAUUAUUAAAAGGACAUUCUAGGCACCAUAACCAUUUCAUCUCAUAGAAGUGAUUUUGGUGAUUUGAGUCCCCUGGCAUUGUGUUGAAACACUGCACAUCCAGAGAUAUUUUUAAUUGAAAGCUGGGGCAAGUUGCCCCCCCAGCACACGUGACUAAGGUAGCCUGGAACUCUGUUCUGGAAUGCUUAAUGUCAGUUCUGUGCAUAGUUUACGUCUGUCGGCAGCGUGCAGUACGUGCGGCCGACAAACAUAGCCAGAGAAGCUUUAGUGUUCCUUCCAUACACUCACAGGGUAGCCUUCCUCCCAAUCCCAUCCGUAAUGUUUUUUAAAUUCCUGCUCUCCCUUCUGCUUCAUUCCCUCCCUUUCCCCCUCCCCUUGCGGGCUCUGAGCGUGUGCAUUCGCACUGAGCCCUUUAAACUCUCCAAUCAAAGGCUUCUCUGUGAGAAACAUUUGACUGGUCCUUGGUAUGGCUCCCUUGAGGUCAAGGGUGGGGGGUGGCAAACAGUUAAAACUGCUUUUAAAACACUCUUUGAUCUUUUUUUUUUUUAAGGUGGGCACAUAGAAUAAUAUCAAUAGGUCAUUAUUUUAUAUCUUACCAAAAAGGGUUAGAGAAACCCUUUAAAUAUUUAUUGUUUCACAUCUAAAAUCAGCUUGCAAAAGCUGCAGUUCUCUUGUCUGCAGCCUUUUCAAGCCUUUGCCUUCUAACCCCGCCCAGACUUUCUGUCUCUGUUCAAUCACAGACCUCCCAAUGCAACUCAAUGAGACGUCUUUGCAAGGCAGGUGCUCUGGGCAAUUGCUGCCUCUUGAGUUUAGCUCCACUGAGCUAACCAAACCAGGAAGUAGCAGGAUUGACUAUCUGAUUGACAGCCAGGGGGUAACAAGCUUGAUUUAUAAAAGUGGCAAUUUCUAUUGAAAUCUGCACUUAAGGGUCUGGAGUGCUCCUUCAAACUGAUCCAAAAUCUAUGAAAUGAAAAGCGUAUGUUCUCUACAAUGUAUAGAUACCCAAUAUCAUUAUGCAGAGCAGCAUGUUCGUCAUUAGUUCACAAUACAGGGCAGUGUGCCCAUUGUUAAUGUAUAGAUACUCACCAUCACUAUACAGGUCAGUGUGUCCAUUAUUAAUGUAUAGAUACUCACCAUCACUAUACAGGGCAGUGUGCCCAUUAUUAAUGUAUAGAUACUCACCAUCACUAUACAGGACAGUGUGUCCAUUAUUAAUGUAUAGAUACUCACCAUCACUAUACAGGGCAGUGUGUCCAUUGUUAAUGUAUAGAUACUCACCAUCACUAUACAGGGCAGUGUGCCCAUUAUUAAUGUAUAGAUACUCACCAUCACUAUACAGGGCAGUGUGUCCAUUGUUAAUGUAUAGAUACUCACCAUCACUAUACAGGGCAGUGUGUCCAUUAUUAAUGUAUAGAUACUCACCACCCCUAUACAGGGCAGUGUGUUCAUUAUUAAUGUAUAGAUACUCACCAUCACUAUACAGGGCAGUGUGCCCAUUAUUAAUGUAUAGAUACUCACCAUCACUAUACUAUAUAUGUCCAUUAUUAAUGUAUAGAUACUCACCAUCACUAUACAGGGCAGUGUGCCCAUUGUUAAUGUAUAGAUACUCACCAUCACUAUACAGGGCAGUGUGCCCAUUGUUAAUGUAUAGAUACUCACCAUCACUAUACAGGGCAGUGUGUCCAUUAUUAAUGUAUAGAUACUCACCAUCACUAUACAGGGCAGUGUGUCCAUUGUUAAUGUAUAGAUACUCAUUAUCACUAUACAGGGCAGUGUGUCCAUGUGUCCAUUGUUAAUGUAUAUAUACUCACCAUCACUAUACAGGGCAGUGUGUCCAUUAUUAAUGUAUAGAUACUCACCAUCACUAUACAGGGCAGAGUGUCCAUUGUUAAUGUAUAGAUACUCACCAUCACUAUACAGGGCAGAGUGUCCAUUGUUAAUGUAUAGAUACUCACCAUCACUAUACAGGGCAGUGUGUCCAUUAUUAAUGUAUAGAUAUUCACCAUCACUAUACUAUAUGUGUCCAUUAUUAAUGUAUAGAUACUCACCAUCACUAUACAGGGAAGUGUGUUCAUUAUUAAUGUAUAGAUACUCACCAUCACUAUACAGGGCAGAGUGUCCAUUGUUAAUGUAUAGAUACUCACCAUCACUAUACAGGGCAGUGUGCCCAUUGUUAAUGUAUAGAUACUCACCAUCACUAUACAGGACAGUGUGUCCAUUAUUAAUGUAUAGAUACUCACCAUCACUAUACAGGUCAAUGUGCCCAUUAUUAAUGUAUAGAUACUCACCAUCACUAUACAGGGCAGUGUGUCCAUUAUUAAUGUAUAGAUACUCACCAUCACUAUACAGGGCAGAGUGUUCAUUAUUAAUGUAUAGAUACUCACCAUCACUAUACAGGGCAGCGUGUCCAUUGUUAAUGUAUAGAUACUCACCAUCACUAUACAGGGCAGUGUGUCCAUUAUUAAUGUAUAGAUACUCACCAUCACUAUACAGGGCAGAGUGUCCAUUGUUAAUGUAUAGAUACUCACCAUCACAAUACAGGGCAGUGUGUCCAUUAUUAAUGUAUAGAUACUCACCAUCACUAUACAGGGCAGUGUGUCCAUUAUUAAUGUAUAGAUACUCACCAUCACUAUACAGGGCAGAGUGUCCAUUAUUAAUGUAUAGAUACUCACCAUCACUAUACAGGGCAGUGUGUCCAUUGUUAAUGUAUAGAUACUCACCAUCACUAUACAGGGCAGUGUGUCCAUUAUUAAUGUAUAGAUACUCACCAGCACUAUACAGGACAGUGUGUCCAUUAUUAAUGUAUAGAUACUCACCAUCACUAUACAGGGCAGUGUGUCCAUUAUUAAUGUAUAGAUACUCACCAUCACUAUACAGGGCAGAGUGUUCAUUGCCAGCAUAUAUAUAUGGUAAGUAUGCUAACAUUGUACUUUGAAGCUUUUUUGGGGUACAGCCAUGACAUGUUUAGUAAAAUCCUGGCACUUCACUUACAAUCUCUCUUUCCCAUUGGACCCGUAAAACACUGUUUAUCUAGAAUCUCAGACUGAAGAUGAAAUACUCUCCAAACUGGACACAAUUCAGGGAUUUUUUCAGUGGGAGGAUGAGAUAAAACCAAAUUCUUACAUCUGUGCCAGUUCUGAUCGGCCUCAGCAUUAUGAUUUAUUUCCCCCAGAUGCAGACUGUAUGGCCAUGUUUGUAUGUCCCACUAUUGUAAUUACUAUUCGCAUUCUUAUGUAGUGAUUUAUCGGCAUGUAGGAUUGAAAUCAGUAAGAUAACUUUACUAAAGUGGCUUUUUAAACUUGCUCAUUCAUCAAGCGAGCAUUCUUUGUAAACAUGAAAGGAAUGAUGUCAAAUAUAUAUAAAUAUAUAUAUACACACACUACAUGAUCUGCCUGUUUAUACUUCAAAAUUAGAGAAAUCUUAAUGUAUCCUUCCUGGUAAAAUAUUUUAUCAAUAAAUAAAUAAUUUUGAGCGAGAGAUCAUGUUUUCAUAUCCCAUAUCGCAAUAGUGGGUGACAUUAAAAACAAUAUUUUCAGUUUGUCAAUGACACUGUGAUUGGCAGGAAGCUGUAAUGCCAAAACAUGUACUAGCCUGCCCCUGACUAAUGGGAGUCAUAAGAAUUAAAGGAAUUUUAUAGUGUCAGGAAAGCAAAGCCAUUUUCCUGGCACUAUACAAUCCUACAAUGCCCCCCUCCCUCGCGCCCCCCGCUCCUUCCUGCAAUGCUGAAGGGGUUAAAACCCCUUGAGUCACUUACCUGAAUCCAGCACCGAUGUCCCUCGUCCGAUGUCAGCCAGCGGAGGAGACCUAAUUAUUCAAUGCUUUCCUAUGGGGAAAAAUCUGAUGCUGGAGGUCCUCACGCAGAGCGUGAGGACGUUCAGCAUCAGAUAACAGACCAAAGGUCCGUUUUAAAUCAGGAAGCCCUCUAGUGGUGGAGUUAACCCUAGAUAGUAAUUAUUGCAGUUUCUCAAUAACUGCAUUAAUUACUAUUGCAGGGUUAAGGGAUAUGGGACAUUGCACCCAGACCACUUCAAUGAGCUGAAGUGGUUUGGGUGCCUACAGAGUCCCUUUAAGUUCUGCUACUCUUGUGCCUAGAUUGGGGUUGUGCAGAGAGAUACAUUGUCUUUCUCACUCCACAGCCCCUAGUCAGGCAUGUAAGUAAUGGGAGAGGACUGAAUUCAUGGUGGUUGUAUUUUAGGAAAAUAUAAACUCCUUUUUUAUUUAUUAUGAUGUCUUCAAAACCUGUUGAUGACAUUAAUUCCCCACAAUGCAUGCCAUAUAUAUAUUUCUUUACUAAACCGCAGGUAGUGAGGUAUUGACAGUUCAUAUACAAAAUAUAACCCACAAUAACUGCAUUUGUCAUCCACCAUGAAGAUGGUGGAAAUUUGACUUUCAAUUUACUCAUCCCACGUUGCUGUUUCGUGGAUAAACCCCCAUUUGCUGUUCACACAUCAGUAGGCUUUGACCUGCCAAACAACUGCAUAGUUACGACAUUAGUAAUGUUUGUUUGUUUUUAAUGCCAGAGCUGUAUUAAGUUGAACUUUUCCAAGAUUCCCAUCUUUCUUAAUCCAAAAACAAAACAAUAUGGCAAAAAAUCACCUGCAGAAACCUUCCUUCCUUCCAGGCAAUAUGAUCUUAAAGAGAAUUAUUUGAACAUUCUUUGCAUAGACUCGCGAUGGUGACUUUGCUGCUUGGAGGGAAAUGUGAGUUUUACCGAGAGCGGUCGCCUGCAGCUGCCGCCAUCUUCUGUGGGAUCCUCUUCAGCUCCUUGCUUUAUUCUGUCACGAGUCGAUGUAACUGCUGUACUCCUGUGCAUGCGCAAGAGUCCAACAGUCAUGUCUAUGGAGGAUCCCGAGAGUCCUUGGAAUUCUUCACAGACAAAGACUUUUUUCUUGACAAAGCUUUGCAGCAAUAGCUACGCCUUUAAGUCAAGUGUAGGAAAAAGAAACAAUUCAAAGUAGUCCAUACUUCACCUUAUAAUGUUUUAUUUUUGGAUUGUGUUGAAGUUUUAGUGAAAUUCCAACACAGUCUUUAUGAGCAUUUCAUAAAUAUUAAUUAUCUUUAUGAAAUACUAAUUUACUCUUUUUGGUGUGAGGGGGAUAAUAGCAUCACAUUAAAGUUCCACUAUAGUGCCAGGAAAACAUACUCGUUUUCCUGGCACUAUAGUGCCCUGAGGGUGCCCACACCCUCAGGGUCCCACUCCCGCCGGGCUCUGAAACUGCUAUGUUUAUAAAAAAAAGGGUUAAUCCUACAGGGACCUGGCACCCAGACCACCUCAUUAUGCUGAAGUGGUCUGGGUGCCUAGAGUGGUCCUUUAAGUAAAAUAAUUAAAAUGACUACGAUAAUAUAGAUUUUAACUCUGUACGAUGUAUUAUCUAAUGUCUUGUCAUAUUGUUUGUUCUGCUGAUGGCUAAAUUUGAGUUAACGUUUUGUAUAUCUAUUAAUCCCAUAUAGUACAUGUUUCUGCUACAGCAAAUUUAAAGGUAUAAAAGUUGCUAUGUGAUGGAAAUUUUAAAAUUUCCUUUGAGAACUACAUUUCCCAUAAUCCCCAGCCAACUGUCCUAUUUGGAAAUGGCAUAUUCUACAUAUUUAGAACAUUUAAUGCCACACACAGUAUAAUUUAAACAGAGAAUUAUUUACAGGUCACAAAGGACCUGUACAUUUUAGAACAGUAUAAAUGAAUUAGAAAAAAGCUGUCAAUCAGUUACUUUUCCUGCUCCGUUAGUUUGACUGAAAAAUUAUUAUCCUUGUGAAUUCUUCACAAUUCUCAGUAUAGCGAAUCACCCCAAAUAUUUCUAUGAGUCAGCGAGCCAGCCAGCCGCCCCCCCUGCCUCACUGACACCUGUUGAAGACAUUACAAUGAUUUAUUUUUAAUAUGACAACUUUAUUGCUCCUAAAAAUGAUACAACAAGUAUUCCUGUGCUUAAAGAGGAAGUGUCACUUUUCAGGUUUCGUCAUAUUAUGUAUAUGCAUCCUUUUUGUUAGAAAGAAAUGUAUUACUGAGGUGCAAAAAAUAAAAUGAAACAUAGAAAUACACGCCUGUUUAUUCUGCAUCUGGGCCCCUUCAUCUUGUCUUUCUGUCAAUCAUUGUUAUAUGCUCAGCCGUUAGCACCUGGCAGUCAGCAAAGGGAAGCAUUCACAGACAUGAACAGAUACGAAACAAUCUUUCUAUUUGUCCUUUAUUUGUACUGUUUGACUUGGCUAUGCCCUGUCUAAAAUAUAUUAUGAUGUAAUUGGCUAAGUUUUUAAUAUAUAUUUAAGGGAAAACAGACUAUCUCAUGAAAAUAGGUUUACACAAGUUUUAGGGGAUUUUUAGUGUCUUAUUCAAAGGUAUAAAUUCCAGAGAGGUUACAGCUCCCCUUUAACCUCUUAAGGACCAAACUUCUGGAAUAAAAGGGAAUCAUGACAUGUCACACAUGUCAUGUGUUAACCCCUUAAGGACACAUGACAUUUGUGACAUGUCAUGAUUCCCUUUUAUUCCAGAAGUUUGGUCCUUAAGGGGUUAAGGGGUUAAAGGCAUAAUCCGAACUCCCAAAACUGCUACAGCCCACUGUAGUUCUUAUAAUGACUGGUGCGUCCUGGCCACCUCCUAGUUGUAGUAGUCAAAUAGUUUGAGAGUGGUUUGACAGCUUAGCUGGGGUCUGUCAGUUCCUGAUUGCAAAGAGCUUCUGUUAUCGCCUCUGGUCUAAACUCAGCCAUGCAGGGCGCAGUCACUGGCAAAUGAGCUAAGUUCUGCGCUGCAGGCCGCCAGGACUAGUUCAGCAUGGAGGGUCUCCAGGGGACACCGGAGGAGGUGACUGGACCCCAGAUAAGUUGCCAAACUGUUUACAAAUGGUUUGAUGACUGGGAGUGCAACAGGGCACACCCCCUAGAGUGCUGUAGUGGUUAUGGUACCUGUAUUGUUCCUUUAAACUGUAAUAGAAAAAUACUGAUAGUGUUUAUUGAGGCCCAAAUAGUGGUUAUUGGCAUGGACUGCCAGUGACCCUUAAAAGGAUAAUGUUAAAAACAUAUCAUUUAAAUUAUUUAUUUUAAGGCUACUCCUACUAACCUCCUAAAUUCACUCAAAAUUAGAUUUUUUUUAUAACAAACAAUCUACAGUUUUCCUACUUGCUUUCUCAUGAGCUGUCUGAUUAGCUGUUCAUAUACUGCCUCCAUGAAUACUUUGCUAUUUCUGUACUUUCUUAAAUCUCCCAUGAUGUUUUUUUGCAAUGCAGCCAUUAUAAGAUGCUCACGCCAUCUGUUCUGUUGUAUUACGAUAUUUAUAAAUUAACUAUUUUUUUUCUGUCCCAUCCUGAAUUCUUGAAAUCUCACCGUUUCCAUUUUUCACCUUUCCUUUGUAUACUCUUUUUUUUCCUGUGCCUGGUUUUUAUUAUAAUUUCACUGUCCCCUCCCCACUAUUUCUCUAUCACUAUCCAGUUCAUACUAUUUUAAUUAUGUUCUACAACAAUUUCUUACUCGUCUUCAAUCUCCAUGUUUUUGUUUCUCUCAGAUGACCCUUCAAGUCUCAAAUCGCCCCCAUGUCCACAGGACCUAGAAGACUGUCCAGGUGGUUGUGGAGGAGAUUCACAAGGGGUGUGUGUUGAUGGGCAGUGCCAGUGCAAGGAGGGCUAUAUGGGUGACAGAUGCCAACUACGGACAUGUCCUGAGGAUUGCAAUGACCAGGGUCGCUGUGUGGAUGGACGAUGCUUCUGUUUUGAGGGCUACUUUGGCUUGAAUUGUGGCUCAAAAGGCUGCCUAAAUAACUGUCAAAACCAUGGCCAGUGUGAAGAUGGAGUUUGUGUUUGUGACUCUGGUUUUCUUGGUGAGGAUUGUAGCAUUAAAACCUGCCCCAGUAAUUGUCUUAAUCGUGGGAAAUGUGAAAAUGGAGUUUGCGUAUGUGCUUCUGGUUUCACCGGUGUGGAUUGUGGAAUAAGAACCUGUCCCAGGAACUGUCAUAAUCGUGGCAGAUGUCAAAAUGGAGUCUGUAUUUGUCGUACAGGAUUUACUGGUGCGGAUUGCGGCUCCAGACUCUGCCCUAAUAAUUGCCAGCAGCGUGGCCACUGUGAAGAUGGAGUUUGUACAUGCAAUCCUGGAUUUACCGGUGUUGACUGCAGCUCAAAAAAAUGCCCCAAUGACUGUCAAAACAACGGCAGAUGUGAGAAUGGUGUCUGUAUCUGCGAUUCUGGAUUUUCUGGAGUUGAUUGUAGCUCAAGGCCAUGCCCAGAGGAUUGCAAUGAACAGGGUCAAUGUGUAUCAGGAGUGUGUGUGUGUGACACUGGCUUUAUUGGAGAGGACUGUGGAACUAGGAUUUGCUCAGAAGAGUGUGAGAGGAAUGGGCGAUGCGAAGAUGGGGAGUGUGUCUGUGAUCCUGGCUACACUGGGACAGACUGUGAGAUUAGGACAUGUCCCGAUGAUUGCCACAGCCGGGGAAGGUGUGAUGAUGGAAAAUGUGUCUGUGAUUCUGGAUAUACUGGACUAGAUUGUGGGUCAAGAACCUGUCCUAACAAAUGUAACAACCGGGGUAGAUGUGAAGAUGGAAACUGCAUUUGUAACUCUGGAUUUUCUGGACCAGACUGUGGAUCUAAAAUGUGCCCUAAGAAUUGUAGUGGGAAUGGCCAGUGUGUGAAUGGUAAGUGUGUGUGCGAUGCUGGGUUUGUUGGACCCAUUUGUGGGACCAGGACCUGCCCCGUUGGAUGUGCUAGACAUGGUCGAUGUGUGAGGGGAAUGUGUGUCUGCUCUCCUGGGUACACAGGGCCAGACUGUGGAUCAAGAACCUGCCCUAAAAACUGUCUAAACCAAGGAACUUGUGAAGACGGAACGUGUGUUUGUGAUUCUGGAUAUACAGGUUUAGACUGUGGAACUAGAACUUGCCCCAAUGACUGCCACAACCAGGGCCAGUGUGAGGAUGGGACUUGUGUCUGUGACGAUGGAUACACAGGUGUUGAUUGUGAACUCAAAUCAUGUCCAAAUGACUGCUACAAACGGGGACAGUGUAAAGACGGGGUGUGCAUUUGUGAUUCUGGGUAUACUGGUUUGAAUUGUGAAUUAAAAACAUGUCCAAAUGACUGCCACAAUCAUGGUGAGUGUAAAGACGGAGUUUGUAUCUGUGAUUCUGGAUACACUGGUCUAGAUUGUGAAUCUAAAACCUGUCCCAAUAACUGUAACAACCGUGGAAGAUGUGAAGAUGGUGAAUGCAUUUGUGAUUGGGGUUACACUGAUCUAGACUGUGGAUCCAGAACAUGCCCAAAUGACUGUCAAAACCAUGGAAGAUGUGAUGAUGGAGAGUGUAUCUGUGAUUCUGGAUAUAGUGGUCCAGACUGUGGUUUAAGGACAUGUCCCAGUGACUGUAACAACAGAGGCAAUUGUGUUGAUGGACUUUGCGUAUGUAUUUCUGGAUACUAUGGCCCAGAUUGUGGAUUCAAAGCUUGCCUUAAUGACUGUAACAAUCGUGGGCUGUGUGAAGAUGGAGUGUGUAUAUGUGAUUCUUGGUACACUGGUCUAGAUUGUGGCUCUAGGUCUUGCCCAAAUAACUGUCAGAACAGGGGCAGGUGUGAUGAUGGAACAUGUGUCUGUGAUGCUGGUUUUGCCGGUUUGGACUGUUCAUCUACAGCGUGCCCAGACAAUUGUUACAUACAUGGCCGCUGUGAGGAUGGAGUCUGCAUUUGUCGUCCUGGGUACACUGGCCUGGACUGUGGUUCCAAGGCUUGUCCUAAAAACUGUAAUGACAAUGGUCAGUGUGUCAAUGGGAAAUGUGUCUGCAACCCAGGAUUUUCGGGACCCGUUUGUGGAGCCAGGUCUUGCCCUAGAAACUGUGCAGGACGUGGGAAAUGUAUCAACGGGAUCUGUGUGUGCAAGAAAGGAUAUGGAGGUGUAGACUGCGGAGAGGGUGAGUGUAACCGCAUUUGCUUUUAUCAAAUUCAAAGAAUUGCAAAGUGUGUGUGGCUAUUUUGGGGAGGGUCCACUGUCCACUGGUGGAAAUCAAUAUUCAAGAACCAUACAUGUCUUUAAACUGCGUAUUACAGUGGAGAAGUCCUUCGCUUGAUAGCGUGUACUAAUGGCAUUAAUUACGGGUAUCCCUAUGGGUUUUAAAGUAUGUCCCUUACCCAGAGAGGAUUCAUGUGGAUAGCCCAUCCAAAAAGAGAACAUAAUUACAUUGAUUUACAUAUUUUUGAGAUAAUAUCCAGGUACGACUGCAUAUUUAACUCGUCACUCCUUAAGUAAAAAAGUGUUAGUCUAUUUUAAACCUUUUUCUAGAGUAAGGGAACUCCCUGAACAAGAAAAUAAUCUGAGGUUUCCUGGCAGCUGGAGCCGUCUUAGAAACUCCCUGGUUUCCCAGCUAGUCUGUGGAUAUCUUGGGGGCAAUAGUGAUUAUGUAACAGGUUUUUUUUUUACAUAUUGCAAUAAAAGAAAGUCUAUAUUAUGUGACUCUCUGUCAGCCAUAGAUUAAACAGGGACAGUUUCCCAGUGCCAACCCUAAAGCCAGCCUCCUCGUCUGUACCAGCAUUAGCUAUUAGCUGUGUAUUUGUCAAGGUAUAAACAAGCAAUUACAGUUUAUUAUUAUUUAUUUAAAUACAGACAAACAAAUUGCUAGAUCUAUAUUUGACAGCCAUAAACAAAUAGGAGCAUUUGGUUUGAAGAGCCAACAAGCUUACAAUCUAGAUCAAGGUAUACAGAAAUUAUAGGAACGGCAAUCCCCAUCCUACUUUAUCAUGGGGGUUGUAGGUACUCAACUAUCCAUCAUGGCAGUUGAAGCCCCUCUAAAUCAGGGGUGCCCAAAAGGUAGAUCCCCAGAUGUUUUAAAAUCACAGCUUUCAUGAUGCUUUGUCAUUUGAAAGGCAUUCUAAAUGCAUGCAAGGCAUCAUGGGAGUUGUAGUUCUACAACAUAUGGGGAUCCACCUUUUGGGCACCCCUGCUCUAAAUGUUGUAGAGGUCAACACCUAAGACACUUUGCCAACCUUAAAUGCCAUAACAUUGCCUAAUUUGCAUAUUGUGUGCAAAAUGUCCAAACCUUUUACAGCCAUUCUGCAGUGAAACGCAGUUAAAGUCUUAGGUCAUGGGGAUCUCUGCUGUUGUCCCGAGCAUAGCUGUGCAUGCAAUGUGAUCAUUAUGUGCUGAGUCUGUCUCUAUUUUGCAGUAGUAACAGAAAUCACGGCUGUCACUGGAUUACAAGUGACAUCUCAGGAAGAGUCUGCAGUCACCCUUGAGUGGGACCAGCCACAGUCUACCCCCGAUUCAUACGAAAUCUCAUUCAAAGCCGAGGUAUGUACAUGUAUACAAAUAAACAGAAAACAUAAUAAAUAUAGUAUACUCUAGAGCUUGCUGUAUGUUUCUUAUCCACAUUAACCUAGCAUUAAUAAAGCUUAAAUCUUCAUGGGGUUUCUUUUUUUAUAAACUUUCUUUAAGUUGUCCAUCAAACAUAAGCAAGGCCACAAGGCCCAUAGACAAAGACAACCAUAUAUAAAAAGAAAAAAAGAGAAAAAAAGUGGAAGAAGAAGAAAAAGUUAUGUAACUUCAGUGACUUCCUCCAACUCCCACCGAGUAGUAGCCCCUGUACCCUCCACCACAAUCAAGCUCUAAAGACCAGACUUUUCUGAAAUGAAGCCACUGAGUUUCCAAAUCUGACUGUGGUAUUAUCCAUAAAGCAGUCCAAAACACUUGGGACAUGCCUUGUGGAAGAUUGUGCUACCCCUACAAUUAUCCCAACAUAAAUCCAAAUGAAUAGCUCCUAUAUGGUGAGGGUAUGAUGUACCAAAGGUGAGGGUAUGAUGUACCAUAUCAUCAACAUCUAGAGACAAAAUUCAUCAAUGAACAAAGACCUUUGUUGGCAAUCUCCUGUGGAAUUUGUUGGCGCUUUAUAAAAAAUAAUGAUAUAAGAAUAUUUUACUUCCUACUGGGGAUUCUUGUUUCCAUCAGGAGACAUGCAGAAAUGGUGAGUCCCAUGACCCUGAGGAGCAAAAAUAUUGGUAUAAGGUGAAUAUGAGUCUCUCUCCAUAUUCACCAAUUAGGCACUGAUUUCUACCAGUCAAGGGUCCUAGAGGCUGGUAUUACAACUUGAAUCAUUCCUGCACAAAAUUACACACCUGUAUAUAUUUGAAGUAACACCUCGGAGUUAGGUGUGAAUAUUAUUUGAGGAAGUGGAGAAAGAUUACCCUUCUUCUAUCACACAAGCCAUGACACCUAUGAAUUCUUGCUUCCUGAGAUCCUUAGAAAUGAGGGGCCACCAUUCAUGGUGAAACGUUUCUUAGAACUGAAGACAUGGCAGAGGAGAGUGUUUGAGCCUGCUCCAGAUAGGCAAGUCAUUAAGAACUCGUAAGCAUUUAACUCUUAGAAGGAGUCUAUGGAUGCACCCAACUUUGUGCCAAAACAGAGACAAACCAUGACUGGACUUGGGCCAGUCUUGGCAGCAUAGUAAUAGUACAUUUUAAGGCAAGGCAGCCUCAGACCUCCAACCCUGGGGUUGUAAAUAAUAGGUUUGGCUACCCUUGGCCUCUUUCUACCCAGUACAAUUUGCAGAAUUGCCUCUGCUGCAAAUUGAUGUUGGCAAGGUACAAAGUUAUAUAUAAUUUAGCUUAAAAUCCACUGUGUCAAUCAUGCAUUUGUCCCACAUCUCCACAUUUAAUUUCAGAACAUAGGGGAACAUAAUUAAUAUUAUACAGGUGCUGAGGGCCUGCUGUUACUUUGAUUCUCAAACAACAAUAUUAUAAUAUUUUAAUAAUGGUCAAAUUAAUUACGCUUUACAUGGGAAAGCGAGGAUCCUUGCUCUGCUUUGGCUUCUUAUCUAUCCACACUACCCAUUGGACUUGCCCCUCUCCCCAAAUAUGAACUCACAUUGCUAGUCUGGUGGGACCAUAUAUCAGGUACCAGAAUGGCUUUGUUCCACGAAGUAUCGGACUUUGAACUGUUUGUCCCACUGACAUACACAGUGAUUUGGUUGGUUCCUCCUAAGGGCUGAUACAGUACACUUUGUAGUUGUUUAUGUAUUAUUUGUAGUGAGUCUAUCUAUUUCUGGUUAAUUGAACAGCUGUAAAACAUUUUUAUUUUGUUUUUAUGAAAACUCUUUUAUAUAAUGUGGUCACCUAUAGUGUAGGUUUAGUAUGAAAAAAUAAACCUAUAUAUUUUGUGUUUUAUGUACGUUUAGCUGUUUGGCUCCCCCCUUUUAAGAUAAAAGACAUAAAUGCGGCACCCAGUAGCACCCAGCAGCACCCUAUAAUGUAUGUUCAGGUGAGUGCAGCCCUAGCCAUCCUUGGUUUCAUUUAUAAAGAUAUAAAUAUUCAUAUUAUAUAUAUACUUUUUUUUGUUGGACAGCCUCCCACCCGGCUUCCUACAUGCAGGUCAAUGCAUACCCCAAAAUCAAGAUUUGUCCCACCAAAAACUGUCCUGUUUACUUGUGUAAAGUUGUUUAGGUGACAUGUAACCAUUCAGUGUACUUUUAAGUUUCAUUUGUGCUUUUUUCAUUAAUGCAAUGAUGAAUAGGUGCCCUACAUGUUUGUAAACUGCAUCUCCAUUGAUGCUCAGAUAAACUAUAACUUUAUGUUGGAGAGUCAAUACUCAAAUUCAAAACAAUAUAGAUAUUUAGUUUUAUGUAGCACUUCAACACUCAGAUGAUAUAUGUCAAGUGACUUUUCCACGAUCACACAUGUAUCCAGGAAUGUUUGGACCUGAAAUUCGGUGGGUCCACAUUUUAUGGUAGAAUGAAGUAACUUGUCCCUGGUUUCUUUCACUGAAUUACACAGCAUUUAGGGUUCAGCUAGCUGUGGAUGGUAGAAAAUAUAGUUCACAAUCACAUGGAAUGCCAUGGCUAGGCCUAAGUAUUUUAGGUUCCACUGGUGGUCCUGGUUAAUUCAGGACCUUUCCAUCUGCGUUGGCUCGUUGUUCUUUAUGGCCAGCAACCAAACUGACUUCUCUCUACUUAGACCAGCAGAGCUUUAAAUACUGGGACCACAUAACUGUUUUUAAUGUAACAUUAUGUUUUUUUUUUUUAAUAUAGCAGGAUAUUAAAUGUUAUUUUUUGUGUAUUACGCCAUGCUCCCAACACGCUCUACUGUUUUGCAUCCUAGUACUUCAUGCCUUUUGGCUUGUGUUUCUUCAUAUUCUUGUUUCCCUCCCUUAAGAUUGGAUCCAGAUUAUUUGGCUAUUCUUGAAAUUUAUAAAUAUUUGUAGGACUGGCCACCCUAGAGAAGGGUAAUAAAUUGUGUAGCAGGAGCUUUUGUUUUGACUCUUCGUCAUUGUUGACCCUUACUGGCAGUAUCGGGGAAAGAAAUCCGGCCAAUGUUUGAAAUUUUGUUUGGUGACUAAGUAUCUAUGAAAUCAUAUUUUCCCUUAAAAUUAAAUUGUGAUUCACUCUUUGCCUCAAGUGUGUUAUACUACCAUUCCACAACUUUGCAUCAAUAGAUAGAUAGGUGGCUAGGUAUAUAGACAGAUAGAUGGGUGGGUGGAUGGAUAGACAUGGGUACACACACAUAUAUCAAAAGAUUAUACUACAUUCAGCCCUCUAGAUAAUUCACAAUACUGAUAUUGAUGGGACGUACUAUACUGAAAAUCAGAUGCAUUUAGAUGGGCCUUAGAAUGUGACAAAAUGUUUGGCCACAAUUAGGUCUUAUUAUAAUUUUGAUUAAGAUGUUUUUGUAAACCAAAUACUGCAGUAGAAGAUAGAUUCUAAACAAUAUAUAGAAUAUUUGGCUGUUGGGAUUCUUGAAUGGAACUAACUGCUUGACUAUCUUCCUGUUUCACAGAAGGAGAAUGGUUUAAUACAAACCAUAAUUGAUGGUUCUCUCACCACAUACCGUCAGAUUGGCCUGGCUCCUGGGGAGGUGUACAUCGUGACCAUUCAGCCUCGCAAAGAUCAGACUUUGGGACCUGAUACAUCCAUAAAUGCAACUACAAGUGAGUCACUAUGUGUAUAUCCAGCCUGGUGCCCUCAGGCGUUUAGUACCACAGGAUGGAAUAUGUGGGAUAUACCUAAAGUAUGAAAAACAAUGUAUCCAGAUGGCCUUGUCAUGUUUUCUCCAAAUAUAAAGUUACCAAGUUCCAUUUCUUGUGGCAAUCCUGAUGUAAUGUUGUAUUAUAUAGAUCUGAUCGGUACUGUAGAUACCACAAUUUGUAACUCAAAUGACCUCAAUUGUAACUAAAAUGACCUUACACUUCUUGCCUUAUAAUAUAUGCAACAUAUAUUGUGUAUUAUACUGGGGCAUCACUAACAUAACAUGUGUUAACCUGUUUUUUCAUCUCUAUGGAGGCCCAAGUAUAUUCUCCCUCUAGGAGCCUUCCUCAUGAAGGCUAUCCUCUGUCCACUGCCCUUAAUGGGCAAUUUUAUGAUUUCUUCACCAGGAAUUGAAGCCCCUCAUGGUCUCAGAGUAACAGAUAUCACCACAUCCUCCUUCCUCUUGAGAUGGGAUCGACCACAGAACCUUCCUGACAGAUACAUUAUUACACUGGUGACUCCCAGUGGGAAGGAAAGAAAGUUGAAAGUCCCUGGAAAAGGAGACAAAGCAAGACUUACAGGACUGGAUGAAGGAACAAAAUACAGAGUCCUCUUGAAAGCGGAGAAGGGGCAGGAGCAAAGUGAAGCAGUGGAGACCACUGUAAAUACAGGUAAAACUGAUAUCAUCAGAUGGUAGAUAUGGGAGAAAGCAGAAAACUGGAGUACAUUAGACUCCAAGAGAUUUAUUUAAAUACGAGAAAGGAUGCGGCAUGGAAACAAAAAAAUAAAAAAAUAAAAAAAAUAAAAAUUAAGACACUUUAUAAUGUAACUGACAAGUAAUGAAUGGGAAAAAAAUAGAAUAUAGAUAUUUUUUAAUAAUAUAUCAAAAAUUAAAGGACAUUUAUAAAAAGCGAAAAUGAACAACCUUUUGUUUAGUUAAACCUCUCCUACCAUCGCGGUGUAUGUUUUGAGUAGUUAUAGUGGUAUAAAUAUAUAUAUUAAUAUUUACUAAUAGAAAAACAAUGAGUUGCUGGCAGCUGCCAUCUUGUUUUUCAACCAGCUCUCAACUUUAUUGUUUAAGACAGGGCUGUCCAACCUGCGGCCCCCCCAGAUGUUGCUGAACUACAACUCCCAUGAUUCCCUGGCUAUCUGUUUAAUUUAAAGAAUCAUGGGAGUUGUAGUUCCGCAACAUCUGGGGGGCCGCAGGUUGGACAGGCCUGGUUUAAGAUAUAGCUUGUAAAAUGUUGCAUAAACCAAAAGUUUAGUGACUUUCUAAAUGUAACACUUUACAAAUCGUUAGCACGCUCCGAAAGCUGCUCCUAGAAGCUUAUCCUACAUUAGAAAAGGGCUGUUACCAAUAUUUUUCUUUUUUAAUAGGCCUGAUUACACUCACAACAUGUGUUGGCAGCCACACACGACAGAUGAGCUAGGGAAGAUCAUGCACACUUAUAUGUGGUUACAGGUCCUCUUUAAAAUGUACUUUGUUAUUGGGAUAAAGGUAACACUCAAUGCUUUUUUAUUUCUUCUCUCUUUUUUAGCUACAGUCCUGCAAGAGAUCCAUGGCAUAAUAUAAAAAAUAUAUUAUUUUACCUCAAAAUAACUUGAAACCUUUCUUUUUUUUCAGUUUUUCAACAUUGGAUAAACAUACUAAUCCCCUCUUGUUUAGAUGUGUGUUUUCUUUCAGAGUUUGGACAAGAUAAAACAAAUUUUACUUGGGAGUUUUCUGUUCUGAAUCAUUUGAUCACAAAAUAUCAAUUUCACUUUUUAGCUUCUAAACCAAAUACUUACCAUUAUCAUGCUCCAAAAUCUGUGUACAUUAAGAACACAGGAUAUAAAAAUGCUACAUAAAGAUGUAAUUCAAAAUGUCCCAUCAUUUAUGUAUGCCCAUUUAUUAAAGAAUGUAGUCAGUUGUAAUCUCUGCUAUGGUUAUGUGCUUUAGGUUACUCGAUAUGACCUUGAAAAGGCUGUCAAUAGCAAAGAAAUAUUUUACCAUGGUACACAAUCUCCAUACAAAAUCAUACUUGUUUCUAAAGGUGUUCUAAAGUGAACAACUUGUUGAUUCUUGUCCAAGAAACUGGUAGUAUUCACUUUCGAAAAUCAUGUUUUUAUAUUAUCUUGGGAUUGAAAUUCUGAAUCUGAUUUUAAAUGAUUGUCUUAGUCUCUUAACAAAGACAAAGCAUGAUUGGGUAACUCUCCUUUUAAUCUGAUACUUUUGUUAGCUUUUGGCAAGGAAAGAAAACGUCUGGAUGUAGUGGAUGAGCACAGGGUACAAGAACCAGAGGUGACAUCUCAAAGUAAUAGUAGACUCGAAAAAUCUUUACCCUCACAAGAAAAAGCAAAACACCAUCCCGCAUCAUCUAGAUCGACUGUCUCUAGUGGGGAGGUUGGAGAACAUAGUUUAAACACAGAUGAAAGUAAAGAGAUCAUUGCAGAAGACCAAUACCAAAAGGGGGAUAAGACCAUACACACCACAAGGAGACAGACACAUACUAUCACUACAAUCAUUAAUAGGUACUAUACAAUUUACCAUGAGAACGGAAGUGUGUCUGUUCUCAAGGAAGCUGAAGAAUUUGAUGAGAAGAACCCUCUACACAAACUUGUUAAUGGAGAAGACCAAGAAGUGAUGACCAGUGUGGUUGAAGAGGGAGAUGUAGAAGAUGGAACAUUGACUCAUAUUAGAGAGAAGAUACCUGGCAGCAAAGUGGGUGGAUGGGUUGUCACAAGAAACAUUACACAUUUUGGAUCCCCUCAAAAGGUGAACCCUCAUACUCAAUAUCCUGAAGCGGAAAAUAGUGGACUGAUAAUAACAUCUGAUACUACUUCUGAAGAAGGGUCACUUGGUGUGGGGUCGUCUGCAAAGGAGACUACAUCAACUUCUGGGGAGGUUGGAAUAAGGGUCAACCCCUAUAAAAAGCCUUCAUCCCAACAUAAUUUGCAGUAUCCUAAAAUCGAGAAGCAAGUAGAUCAAUUAUCUAAAGAAGUUGAACCAGGAACAAUAUUUGGAAUUAAACAUGAACUUGCACAAUCUGGAGUCGAAAGCCAAACAAAUGCCACUGAUGACCCAAAAGAUAGCACCAAAUCUAGACAGAACAAUAAGAUUUUUCAUAGAGUAGUUAGCAUUUCAAAAAAGGUUGAACGGUAUGAGAAUGGGAAACUCCAAAAUGAGACAAAAGUUCUAGAAGACCCUGAUAGGGUAGUAACAGGAAUAAAAUAUAAAAACCAAACUAAGAAAUUACCAUUUUUUGCAGCAUCAAGCAUGAAAGCAGUUAUUGAAAACCUACCAGAAAAACUCUCUCCAUUCAAUGGAACUUUUAUCCAACGCUUAGAGAGUUACUUGCGAGCCACUUCCUAUCCAUUAAGGCCCAAUCAGACAGUGGAAUCUGUGGCUAAAGCUAUAUUUCUGUAUCUUGUGAAAUGGAAGCCCCAUAACUUUACAGGAAUGGUGUAUGAUCGCCUCCCUCAAAAAACUCCAGGUGCAUCAGGGAACCCAGAACCUGCUGGGACUUCAAGAUUGCAAGGGAAUGUUGGGAGGGUAGUGAUGGAGAGUGAUGUUGACAGUUUGGGAAAUGCUACAGACAGGAUACACGAGACAUCAGCGUUAGUUCAAAAAGGCAAAAAACUAAAGACCCCAGAAAACACACCACGAAACAUUAUAGAUAUAGAAACCCUAGGAAGAGUAGAAGCUGUAGGUGAGGUAGGCACACCGACUUUGUUAAAUGCACAAACACAUAGUUCUUCAGAAGAAAAUGAAGAUGGAGUAAUAGUGAAAACCACCCUUGAGGUACAUGAUAGACAGAUGUAUGAAGAAGACCUCUCAAAGUCGGGUUCUUCCAAAAUAGUAUUAGAUAAAAAACAUACCAAGAAACCCUACAAUAAUAUGCCAGUUCCAAAAAAUGCCACAAGUGCACAAAAAAAACAGCAGGUGGAUGAAACGAAAACAAAAAAAACGGCAAUAAAACAUGAGAAAGAAUCAGAUAAACCUGAAACUGAAAAAAGUGUUACACCUGGAAUUGGCACAUUGGAGAGUUCAUCUUAUCAUAUCCCCAAGAUCAGAGAGGAAGAAAAAGGUAACAGUCUUACACAUUCUUCACAUCUUAAAAAUAAAUCAAGAUCUAUAACGGGGGGAACCAUAGAAGAACCUUCUAACUAUAAUAUUAAGGAGAAAAUUCUGCUGGAAGAUAAAAGGGAUCACUUGCCAGUUGUAACGGAAAAGGACCCCAACAUCCACAGCAAAGUAAUACCAUUUAGGCAAGAAUCUGGGAAGGAAAUAUUAACAGAGGAAGAUGAGGAUUUGAGAAACAUACACCUUAUAGAUGACAGCUUGUUAAGUAGUGAAACUAACAAAAAAGUUUUACCUUUCGAGAAUAGAGAAGAAAGAAAGAAGGAAACUGGACAAACAAAACUGGUGGUAAACAAAAUUGAAGGGUUCAUAGAAGAGCAAGAAAAAAACAAGCCAACAAAAAGCCCAUAUCCAGUCAAAGUGCAUGGCCCUGGUCGUCAAGGCAGACCCACCAUUUUACAAAGAAAUUCCACCACCCUUGUAAUUUCUCUAGAAGGUUUAGGCAUUCUGUGGGAAAAAGUGCUGGUUCUCUAUCAUCCACUGCAUUCAACUACUAAGAUUGCUCCAAGCAAACUGGAGGUGGAAAGAGGUGUCAGAGAGGUGGAGAUCGGGGGUUUAGAACCAGGAACCAGCUAUCGACUUGAUCUUCAUGGGAUAGUGAAAGGCCGCUCUUCAAAAUCCUUCUCACUGGUGACUGACACAGGUACCAACUGGUUCAAAAACAGUGGUAGGGAAGGGCCUAGAUGUAAAUUGGUUUUCUACUGGCUGUUCACUGCCUUCAUUUGCUUUUCACCGCCACCCUGACCCAAAGCUAUUUGCAAAUGGGGUAAUUCAGGACUUUAUCUGCUCUUUCACUGUGAGAGAAAAGAGUGAGAUCUAAAUUGCAGGGGGGAGAAAUGGUGGACUCACUGUCUCUUCUUCUCAUUUUUGUAGGAUGGUUUAUCAUUGGAAGUCUCCUAUCUUUUUAUUUAUUAUUUCUUUUUUUUCUAUUAUCACUUUUGUAUUUCUGUUUGUUUGUCAUUUCAGUUCUGCCACCUCUGUUUUCUAGAAAUUCUCUUUUUUAUUUAUCUGUAUCUCUUUAUUUUUCUAUACCUUUUGGUUACUCAAUGUCACUUUACCUAUCUUACCCCUAAUCCCAAUUUAUUGGCUGCUUUGACUUUCCUCUUUUUUUGAUUUUCUCCUCCCAGUCCUUUACCAUCUUUGUCCACGUUACCUACUUUUUUAUUUCAUUACUGUGUCCAUCCCUCUCUCUCUUCCACUCCAUCUCCCAGUUUUUGUGUAUUUUUUUCCUUUUACAAAUUUUUCUAUUUCCUGUUCUUUUACAGAUCUUAGUCCCUGUAUUCCAAUUGUCACAGUCUCUCCAAUCUCAAUCUUUCUGUCCAUCUAUACAUGUAUUCUCUUUUUUUCUCUUCUAAAUGUUUCCGUCCUUCUCCUUCUCACAAAUGAAUAAUCCCACAGUUUUACCUCACAGGCAUCUCUCUCCCUUUGCUGCUCGUUCUCCACACCGUUUGGCAAUAAGUCACCGCGUCUGACCUGCUGAUAACACCUUUACCCUCCAGGCAAUGUGACUGCAAACAUAUAUAUAUAUAUCAUAGUGUGAGAGAAUGUUUUAAAUAUGUGGAAUGCAUGUGUGUGCAUGAUAUAUAUAUUGAGUAUAUUUGUCUGUGUGUGCUUAUGUAUAUGUUGUGGUCUAAAUAGAAUGUAGCCACUACUGAUAAUGCCCAUUAUCAUAAGUACAAGCCAAAUAAAGUCUUGGCAGUUCAUGGAAUAUACUUGCUGUAUGCCACUAAUAUGAAGUCACAUCAAAACAAAAAAACAACUAAAAUUAUGUUCUUGAAAACUAGUUACAUGCUUAUUAAUAGUCAACCAAUGGGAAGGCCAUUGAUAUAAUAGUCAAUUUAAUUGGCCAUGUUUAAUUGUGACCACAAGGUAUAUACAUACAUAUGUACACAAAUACAAAGAUUUGUACAUUUCUAUUUGUGUCCUGUAUGGUGAUAAGUCAAUACUUGAAGAAAGAAUCGAGUGUGUACACGUGUUUGUAUGUUUAUGAUAUAUAUAUUAAUGACAGAUCUAUAUGUAUCUGUGCUUCCUACGCUAGACUGUCAUUUAUGGCUAUAUGUGUAUAUUACAGAGUAUAUAUACAGUAUAUAUAAAUAUAUUUAUAUAUGAAUAUACACAUUUCAAUAUUUACAUAUAUUUUAUAUGUAUAAAAGCUGCAUAUACUUUCUCAUGUAAAAUAUUAGUAUAUAUUUGUAUACGUAUGAGUAACAUAUAUGGAUAUAUAAUAAGCACACAAAUGAUACUCCGAUACAUACUCACGGCUUUAAAGCAUGUCAUUGAGCACACACGUUCUGCAUGUGAGAGCAUGUAAUGAGAAUUGAAGAUGGUGCUGUCAUUUAGGAAGUCAAUGUUUAGGGUAGAAAGGUAUAGAUAAAAUAAAAUGUUGGGGGAAACAAAAGCUGAGGCAAAGUGUGGUGGGUUUGGGAGGAAGAGAAAGACAUUGAGCAUUCUGGCUAAUUGGAUUUGUUGGCUUAGCCAUUCAGUUGGUUAGUUAGUAAUUAUUGUUUGUUUUCAGUCUGAGUACUGGAUAAACACAAUUAAUGCUUAUUUUCUCUUCAACCUCGUUAACAGCUGUGGUGCCUACAACAGUCCAACCAGAAGUCGAGACGACCACUCAAUCAACCACUCCACCACCAGAAGUGGUCAUUAGCACAGCAGCUCCAGGUAAUGCCACCCAAGCUAAAAAUGAUAAUAUUGAUUUUUAAAAAUAAAAAUUGUUUCCAAUUAAAUAUCCUACUGCCAUAGUGGUUUAAUCAAUAAAAUGUACCAGUUCUAUUUAGAGCGAAUACUCAUGUAUGAGAAGGUGGAGGUGGCAUUCAUGACUUAUUAGGAGUGCGGUGCUUAUAUUUGGACACCAUUAUUUUCUAUUUUAAUAGGACCCAUAUUAAUUUAGGCCCUUCCUUUAGCCUUUCAAAAAUGCUGUUAGUGCUGUUGGUCCAAACUAAGAUAAGAUAGCUUCUUGUAGAUUUCAGUAUGGAAAAGAGAUUUCUUUAUGGAUCAACUUGUUAUCAUCAAUUAUGUCUGUCUGACUUUAUUUCCUUGUGAUCCUUUACUAAUUAAAUGUUAUUAGUGUAGUGUUUCUUAAUAAUCUUAAUAAUCUGUUAAAGCCCCCAAAUAGUUGUCACGCUCCCGGAACAUUAUUUUGCUUCAAUUAUUAUAAUUUUUAAAUGUGGACAUCACGUCUGCUUCAUGCCACUCCAAUGGUACAAUGUGUAAAAACAAAAAACCCGGAAUAAUAAAAAGAAUAGUCCCUUACUAGACUAAGCUCCUUAAGUAACUUUGGUUGUAUACCCAAAACUAGAGGUUUAAUCCACUUUCACCUUAUUUAACUGAUUUUUUAAAAUUAAUUUAUAGCUUAGGUGACCAUUUAUUACAGAACAGUUUCUUACCAAGAGGCGGGACAGAUUUAUUUCUAUAACAAUAUCUUAUUCUUUAAAUGGGAGUCAACAGCUUCCCUGUGGAAAGAGAGUGUCCUCUUGCUUAUCACAUGUAACUGUUUGAAUAUAAAUUCUUCUCUCUUCAGUCACUAAAAAGCCCCAAGGAAUAGUGGCUCAGAUGGGGGCCCUACAAGUGCGAGAAGUUACGAGUGAGACUGUCACGCUAGUUUGGAAAGCCAGACCUGGAGUAUAUGAAUCCUUCUUGAUAGGAUAUGAAGAUGUGACGGAUAUCUCAAAACCACAAGAAACAUCUGUUCCUGGAGACCAACGAGAGGUGACACUGAGUGACCUGAGUCAGAACACCAGAUACUCCGUGUCGGUUUAUGGAGUGAGAAAUGGAAAGCUAUCAAGACCCUUGAAAGUGGAGGUGACAACAGGUAUGGAUCAAGCUUGUAUAGCGACGUAGAUUAUUAUGCCACAAUUAGAUACAUUUUUCCUAACCUGGUCAAAAAAAAACAACAAACUAAAAAGCGGAUUUAGUCAAAUUGAUUCUAUUUUGUCUGAAAAGCAAGUUGAAUAAAAAAAGGAAUUAAUGACUUUAUGCCCACAUUUUCUAGAAUACCAUCCAAUCUAUUAUGCUACCUGUCAGGACCUAUUAGACUUUAUUGCCUUUACAGUAAGAAUAUAAAACAAAAUUUUUAAUCAAUGUCUUUUUUUCCCUUUUUAGUCCUCUCUUUCACCUCCCUCUACACUUCUCUGUACAAGCUCAUGCUGAGUAUAUGAUACUGUUAUCUUACGUAGCUUAUACUCUUUUUAUACUUGUUCUAUGUACUGGUGUAUUCUUUGUUCAAUCUAGCAAAUUUCCAUACAAAUAUUAAAAAAUAAAACCCUAAUUUCUUUUUUUUUUUACUAGAGAUAAAAAAAAAAAACCCUCAUAUCUUAAGUUAUAAUCUAUAUCUUAAUUAGAGAUGUCGCGAACCGUCCGCGAACUUCUCGCGAACGGUUCGCCACGAACUCCGGUCAGCUGACACGUCCCGGCCAAUCUCCAGCAGACCCUCCCUCCCAGACCCUCCUACUUUAAAACAUGGAUGCUGUCCAGGAAGUAGGAGGGUCUGGGAGGGAGGGUCUGCUGGAGAUUGGCCGAGACGUGUCAGCUGACUGGAGUUCGCCACGAACAGCUCGUGGCGAACCGUUCGCGAGAAGUUCGCGGACGGUUCGCGACAUCUCUAAUCUUAAUCUAUCAGCAAUGGGACCUUAAGUACCAAAGACACUUCAUCCUAAUGAAUUGAUUUUGCAAAUAAAAAUAGUCCAAGUCUGGACUAUUCUCAUAGUGGAUCGUAUUGCUUACUGCACAAGAGCAGGAGGUCUACAAUGCUUCUCCAAAAGUAUAAUUUAAUUUGUGAGUUUAACCCCUUUGUUUUUUAUAAAACAGGCCCAUAAAAAUCAAGAUUGAUAGAUGGAAGUCCAUUUAACAUGUUUAGCCUGACAAAAGUAGGGUUAAUAGAAAAACAAUUCUGAAGACUUUUAAAGUUGGCGUUAUCCAAUAAAUGAAAUAUAUAAAAUACACUUGUAUAUAUGGUGACAUUGUGGCUGCAGUUUAAUUUGGAGUACAGAACAUUUUGACUCUGGCUUUGGUCUCUUUCACAUGCCUCCAUUAAUAUUGUUUUAGUCCAAAUGGUUUUUAUCAAUCAAGACAUAUUUAGACACUUUAGAACUUGAGAUGUUUUAAGCAAAAUAUUUUUUUCACCCAUUUAUUUUAAUAAAUUGCAGUGCACAGCCAGUGGUGACAUGGGAAAAUCAUUUGUUAAAUAAAAAAUAUUUAAUUUUAUAAACAGAUAGUGAUUUAUUUACUAAACAUCACAUUGUAGUGACUUAUAAUAGUGCAGAAUUUGCCCAAAUCAGCACUUUUUUCCUAGAUUUUGCAAAUGGAUUCUCUAUUCACCAUCACAAUCUAGUAUGCCUGCAAACUUGAUGGUACAUAUAGCAUCCUGAUAAUAUUGUCAACUCUGAACGGGCUUAGACCUUCAGUCAUUUGUAAAAAGAGACAAUCCCCCGAGACUUGUCAAUCAGACACGAUUCCAAGCUGCCUGUAUCAGCUUUGUCCAAUUUAUGUACGACUUUUCUAUCCUUCUUCAAUUAGACUGCAGCUCUGCCAAUCAGUGCACAUGUCCCAGUUUACUAAACAUCAAACUAGGCUGCUGUACACUGUGGUUUGACAGCUGUCAGCUUACAGAGCAGCUUCAUCCAUUCUAAGUGAUGAAUGGAACUGCUGUUAAAGGAUCACUAUAGGGUCAGGAACACAAACAUGUAUUUCUGACCCUAUAGUUUUAAAGCCACCAUCUAGCUCCUCUGGGCCCCUCAUGCCUCCAUAAAUAUAGCAAAAUCUUACUGUAUUCAAGCCAGAAGCUGUAGAUCUGCAUGCUGUUUGCCUAAAAAAAAAACAAGCAGUCUGCUGACAUCAUCAGAAGUGGUAGCCUGAUCCAAUCACAGUGCUUCCCCGUAAGAUUGGCUGAGACUGACAAAGAGGCAGAUCAGGGGCAGAGCCAGCAUGAUUCAAACACAGCCCUGGCCAAUCAGCAUCUCCUAAUAGAGAUGACUUGAAUCAAUGAAUCUCUAUGAGGAAAGUUCAGUGUCUGCAUGCAGAGGGAGGAGACACUGAAUGUUUGGAUGCAUUUUAGGCAGCCAUGACCCAGGAAGGAUCUCUAACAGACAUUGUGUAUUGUUUUCCCUAUGGAAUAUUAAGGACACCAGUGGAAGAGAGACUGAAUUCAUGACGGCAGCUGUCCGUGAGUGUAACUCCAACCAAUUCUAGCCACGCCAAGACAUGUAUGUCCCCAAACUGCCAUGAGAUCUGCACCACCAUUCAAUAUGUGUUUUGUUACACUGUGCAAAAAAAAACAGACAGGUCAUGCAAUAUACAUGCACACACACAUAUAUAAAUAUAUACAUAUACAUGGACGUCUGCCAAGAUGAAAUGAUUAAAACAGUUGAUUAGGUCAUCUCCGGAGGAAAACACCCACCUUCAGGCACAUAAUCAGGAAAAUGAAAAAAAAAACAAAUAACAGAAAAUCUCCUAAUUACAGUUUUUUUUAAAUGUCUUGCUCAUAAAUCUGCCGUGACCCAUACAGAGACCGUUUUUAGCUGGCAAUUCUGCAGUGGUCUGCUACCAAUUACUGCAGGUACUCUAGAGGAUUCAUAAAAUGCUGAAAUAAAGUCGGCUAUAAAUAGAAUUUAGAAAAAAAACAAAACAACUAAGACAAAACCCAGAUACGCUCAUUAGGUAGAAAGUGUAAAGUUAAAUUAAAGCCUUGUUUUGUAGCAGAUGUGGGUGAUUUGAAUGUUUACGAUAUGACUGCAGUGAAUAAUGGAUGUUACUCACUGCCCCAGUCCUGUUACUUUAUAGCGGUGAUAGACCUUGGCUUGCGCAAAAUGUCUUCACAGAGUGCCACAUUAACGGGUGGAUAGAGGGCAUCUUACCAUAGUUUCCCUGCUGUUGAAAGGGGAAGUUUAUAUACCAGUGGAGAGCAUUCUAAUGCUGCACGUCAAAUAAUAUUGAUAAAUCAAAUUAUUUGUUCUUGUCCUUUGUCUAGGUCAUGAAUGUAAAUGGGGAGAGUCUCAGGGUGGUUAGAGAACAAACAUAUUUUGAUAAGAUCUAGAAUCCUUGGAUGUUUGACAAACGUGUCAUGUUUUGUUAAUUUCUUCAAGUAUGGUGACAUGUGAUUUGUGAAUUGGGACCUCAUUAAUUAGUUUAAAGUAUUUUGUUCAACAGGUUUUAAUUUCUUUGCGUAACAUUUUGUUCCCCAGUAUACUGAAUUGAAGUCCUUUUCUCAGACUAAUUAAAAAAUGUUCAUGUUGUUAAAAUUAAUCAUUUAUGAACUCUUUGUCUUUUUUUUACAGUUAAGUUUUAUUUUCCAUUCAUAAAUGCAAGCUGUAUAGGGUCAUCCUUAAAACAGCUGACAAAUUAUAAUUUAGUAGUAAAACACAGUGAUAUGGUCAUUGAAAUGAUUUAAUGAAUUGAUACAUUUAUGAUGUAUUAUGCAAAUUUCCACGUUAACAUAUUAUUUAAUGUCCUGUUACAGACUCUGAUCCAGACAGAGGCACUUCGCCUAGGCUCUCCCCGAUUGCUGUGUCAGAAAUCCAGCCAGACUCUUUCCUUAUGUCAUGGGAACCCCUGGAUGGAGAUUUUGAUUCUUAUAUAAUUCAGUAUUUCCCUCCUGGAGGUCCAAGGCAAGAAAUUACUCUACGAGGAGAUGAGACAUCUUAUCGGAUCACUGAGCUGAUUACCAAGGUCAAUUACACAGUAGAGAUCCGUGGAAUAUGGGGAGACAAGUACAGUGAGGUAGAAACCGUCUACGUAUUAACAGGUAAGUAAUUCUGUAGUUAAGUAAAUGCAUAGCAAGAUUAGUCAUAAAGUGGCUUUAGAAGGUUGUCUAGAGGGUUAGACAAGGGCUUCAAAGCGCUGAAAUUUCUCAUUCAACAAAGGACACUAAGGGCACUUUUGACCAAUGUUGCUUGACUGCUAUUACUAAUUCACAUUAUUCCCAUUACUUAGAAACUGGCAGGUCAACUUUUCAAAGAUGUAUAUUUUAAACAUCUCUCAAUGAUUUUUAGUUUUUACCUGUUUACAUUUUUAUCUGUCUCAUUUGCAAGCUUCAUUUUUAUCUCUAUAGAAAAGCCUCUGCCUCCCCGGAUGGAGUCUCUCUCCUUGUCUGAUGUCCAGAGUGAUUCUCUCCGCCUCACCUGGGAGGUCCAGGGUGGAGAAUUUGAUUCUUUUCUUCUUUAUUACCGGGACGGAGAAGGAAAACCUCAGGAGAUUCCAUUGGAUCGGGAUCUCAGAACAUUCACAGUCAGUGACCUGAAGCCAGGAAAGAAGUAUAAGUUUGUGGUGUAUGGAAUUGAAGAUGAAAAAAGAAGCAAGCCAGUAACAGUGGAAGCCAUUACAGGUGACCGUGAUAAGAAAUAGCUAGGUUGGAAAAUAAGGAGGUUCAGUAAAUGCAGUAAUUAUAUAAUGUGUGCAUAUUAACAAGUGUAUUUUGAAUUUUACUUCUUUUUAACUGAUUUAAGCUGAAAAAUAUUUCAUGUCUAGAACCUAGAACCCAAACCUAAUUUUCUACACCUCUCUCUAACUUUGAAUGUCAUCACUCACAGAGAAGCUUCAACCACCUCGACUGGAGUCCCUCUCUGUAUCUGAUAUCUACACUGAAUCCGUUCGCCUCAGUUGGGAAGUUCACAGCGGUGAAUUUGACUCCUUCCUUCUUUAUUAUCGUGAUGCGGAGGGAAAACCCAAGGAAGUAACUCUUGAGAGUGAACUUCGCAUGGUUGAAGUUGAUGACUUGAGACCUGGAAAGAAGUAUAAAUUUGUUCUUCAUGGUGUCUCGGGUGGAAAGAAGGGCAAGGGAGUGAUAGUGGAGACCACUACAGGUAAGAGCUACAUGUUAACAUAAAAUAAUAUAGUUAUGUUAUAAAAUGUUACAAUGUCCAUACCCUCGGCAUGAGAAUGGGCUGCCUGGUGAGGGAGGUCUUUGAUCUCCCCACACGUCGUGCCACCCCUCUCAUACCUACUGCCCUGAGGCCACAGCCUCGGAACUCCGACCCGUGAGGGACGUUGUGACUAGGGCUUCAUAAACAAAGUGAUUUAACUCCUAAUUGGCAGAGGAUUGAGCAGUGAGGCUGCAGGGGCUUGCUAUACACCAAAACUGCUUCAUUAAGCUAAAGUUGUUUAGGUGCUAAUAGCGUCCUUUUGUUAAGUUGCAUUUGUUUGUUUUUUAUUUUUAUAAGGGCAAAUCUUAAAUUGGUUUUUUAUUUGUAUUUUUCUUAAUGUCCAUUCCUGGCACCAUUACUAGAUAGAAAUAAACUUUUCACAUUAAUCCUAAAACAGCCAUCCAAAUCCUUUUGGUUUGGUUGUAAACAAUAUAAUAUCAGUCUACUCAAUACACGUGUAUAAAAGACAAAUUGUUAAUUUGAGCUGCCUUUCAAUUACUAACUUUAAUCAACUGAGACACCCCUUUAUUAUCAGCUUAGAGUAAAAAAAAUUUCGUUUUAUGAAACCGGCUACUUUAAAGCGGCAUUGUCGUGGCCGCAUCCGUAACCCCCCCCCCCAACUGCAUUACAUUUUACUGUCCCACUAGUCAUCUCCAAUUGCCCCUGGCCCCCCAUUUUCCCUUUUUUUUUUUUUUAAAUCUUUAUUUUAGCAGUGCAGGUAAUUACAAUCAAGCAUUUAAUCCCCCGAUAGCAUCGUCAAGCGUUCUACAUGAGAAAUGUUGGUACAUAGGCAUGGCAUGUAAAUAGAUUGCACUAUUUUAAAGUAAAAUAAAAUGAAUAAAGAUAAAUGAUAUAGAAAGAAAAGUAUUUCAAUGCUAUUGUUGCAAGAUGAGAGAAAAUGCCAGAAGGCAAAACGAGUUAAAGAUGCUGACAUUUUGCGAUAUACCUAAUACCACUGGGCAUGAAAUAUUGAAGAGAAAGAUCAGUUCUCUCACAUCCCAUCUCACGGUUGGUUAUCAGCAUGCUCAGCCUAUGCCUUUCAGAAGGUGUAUACUAAACUGGUAAGAGUGUGUAAGAGAGUCUCUUUUAACUGUACCCCACCAGCACCGAGUCAAUAUACUGAUCAGGAUAUCGAGUUCACAGGACCCGUGGUGAACCGCAAAGAGUACCAGGCACUGGAGUACGUUGCUUGGUUUCUUCAGGGUACGCUGCGUGAGGGUAAUCCGAGGGAAGGAGUGGUGCAUGUGUGGAUAGUCCCUGGUGAACUGUGGCCCCUUUGGGACAUGUCAUCUGCUCACACUAGAUAGCGCUGUGAAAUUUGAACACUUUGGCAUUCACUACUUUUGAAAUUAGGACGGGAAUUUCAGCUACUAAUUCAUUAAUCAGAAAUAAGAACGUAACGGAUCACCUGGCACCCCGACUGGGUACCUCCGUUGAAGCAUGCUCCUAGUGCUUCCUGAGGACUCCAGCACUGCAGCAGACACCACAACCACCGAACCGGAAAAGCAUAUGAAUGCUCUCAAGCAUAUGAAUGCUGUAAGCAGCUGAACAAAAAGCAUACAAUCAGCUUACACUCCUGGCAAUCAGCAUACAAUCCAAUUCCCCCAAUAACGAGACAACACUUCGUUUUGAGGUCAAGCAGAACUGACUGUACUAGCACAUACAGACUCUUUUAUUCACAAUCCACAAACAUAGUACUGCCCACAGGGUUUUUGAAAACAACCAUUAAACACGUACAAUACACUCAGACACUCCCACACAAAUUCCUCCCCUCUGCCUGUAAUACAAUUACCUUACACAAUGGGUAAUGUAAUUAUCACCGGCAGAGAAAUACAGUAUCAUAAAACAUAUCACAGGGACCCCAAAACAUGCAAUAACCCCAUAUCCAAAAUUCACCCAGAUCCGUUCAGUACUUUGGAAGAUACAGUUUAAUGCAGAUUCCACAAAACAUAUACAGGCUAUAUGAAAAAUAAUAACUGUAUAAUGUGUCCCCUGUUGUAUAGUCCAAAACCACUGCACGAUAUCUCUGUGCACCAAAUACCGGUGAGAUGGCACCGUGUUGAAAAGUCCAAACAGUGUCUGUGAGUUAAAAUGGCCGCCAUCCAUUGUUCUCACCAUGUGCCUCUGAUACAUGAAAUGGUGGUCACCCAGUAACUCCACAGUAUGUCCCCAGAUGGUUCUUAAAGGGCCAGCAGCAGCACAACACAAAUCCAUUAUGCCCAAACCAUGUCUUUAAAGGGCAAUACAUCCCAGGGGCCAUAGUCACAUGGCAAGAGGCUGGCAAUCAGUCUUCUCCAAUGCCCAGUGGCGAGGUCAGUUUCGCCACAAAGAAUUAAUUGAAUUUUUCAAACGAAGAACAAAGACUGAAUUUCUGUAUUUGUUUGUUCAUUUAGUUUAUUACAAGGAGGGAAUUACCGUCUCGUGGCUCCCUCCUUGUAAUAUGUGAAAAUAGACGUGGCGGGGAUCAGUGCUUCCACCCACUUCCUAAACCCCCCAUGCCCCUGUCAUUCUAUGAGGGUCAAUAUGACCAUCAUAUUAGCAUAAGGGAGAUUAAAAGCUCCAGAAAGCCCCUACUCACUAUGCCGCAAGUAGGAGCAUGCUGUAGCUGCUCAUUGUUCUAAAAAAAAAAAAAAGACCACACCGCCGAGUCCUAUAAAGGGGGGCCUAGCACAGAUCCCCCAUGCCCCAUGGUGGGGCAUCUAUUAAAAUAAUUAACUGGGGAGAACAUAGUGUCCCUUAUUUACUAUUACUAAGAAAUCUUUACUUAGUAUUAGUAAAGUUGGCUGUAAGACCAAUUUUGGUAUUUCAGCCUUUCAGUAAAUAGCUCCCUAUUACUGUGACACAGCCAUGACACCAACCGGAUCAUAAUUUAAUUUAUUCGAAUGAGAUUAUGAACCAAAGAAAAAGUACAGAACUUCGUCCAUAUGUACACAUUCUGACAAAAUUCGGUAGUUUGGCCGGUGAUCUGUCUAAUUGACAGGACGUUUGAAGAUCGAAUGAAGCAACACGAGAACACAGGAGGAGAGGUGCAUGUUGUGGGAAAAUGUCUUUGACCACAGGAAAUGGGAUGGACUUAAGUUCCUCCUUUGGUCAAAGAAGGUCAAAUGUAGGUAAAAUACAUAAGACAAAGUACUACUUUGUCUUAUGUUUUAAUGAAAACUAGAUUAGAUAGGAAGAAAAGAAGAACAGAUCCAGAAAGAGGAAGAGAAGAGGAAACAAUAGGAGGAAGGUAAGUUUGGUGUGACAGUGACACUUUAAGAAAACAAUAUAAAUGUGAUGGUUUAAAGAAAUGUCUAGAAAAAUGAGAAGUAAUUCUCUAAGACAUAUUUAAAUAUAAACUGUAUUGGUGUAAAUAUAUUCCUUUGCUCCUGUGUUAAUACUUUUCGACUGGUCAUAAUCUGCAGCCCCCAGGGACAAACCAGUGGAACCUUCAAAGGCUCCUCCAUCUGCUCCUCGUCUUGUGGACCUACAGGCUUCUGAAGUAGGAAAGGACUCUGUGAAGUUGUCUUGGACUGUGGAGGGCGAGGUGUCGUUUGAUUGGAUUGUGGUGCAGUACCGGGAACCUGAAGGAGGUGUUAGGGAGGUGCAAGUUCAAGGGCAGGACAUUAACACUAUUAUAUCUGGACUCCUACCAUCCAGAAAAUACAAAUUCAAUGUAUACGGAUUGAGAGGGGAGAAGAGGAGUAAACCCCUAUCUACUGAGAUUGAGACAGGUAAUCAUUAGCCAGAUAAUAGGAGUUCAUCAAUAGCAGGGAAGCUGCAGAAUCCCCCUUAUCUAUAUAUACCUCCUCCUUAACAUCUGUUCAUACUUGCUCUGUGUGUCUUUCAUUCUCCUUUCCAGUUGUAUAGACCGUGGGUUUUUUGGGUUUAUUUUCAGUCCUAGUUCAUUGUAUCUGUCCUAUUUUGCUAAAUAUUUGGACUAAACUCUUCAUUCUUUCUCAGGUUAUCCUGAGGUCAUAGGUCCAUCCUCCUCAGUCCUUGAUGAUCUCUACAUCACUCCAAGAGGUCCACAUGCCAUCCUCGUAUCAUGGGAGGUUCCUGAUAACUCGUUUGACAGUUUCAUUGUUCGAUAUGGGCUCCCAGAACACGUGGCACCCCUAAAUGAGAUGUUAACCGAUGGGUCUGCACGUUCACUGCUUAUAUCUGGACUACAACCAGACACACUUUACAAUGUCACAUUGAGUGGUAUCCAAAGUGGAAAGGAGCAGGGAAUGUUGAAAGGCAAAGGAAGGACAGGACCACUGGGUAAUAUGAUUUCCCGGUGUGAACACCUUUAUUUCCCUAAAAGAAAUAAAUACAUUUUCUCUAAAAAUUCCCAACUGCAUCAAUAACACAUAUAACCAUUAACUUCAAAUACUCGUAAGCAUGCAUGAAAAUAACAAUUUCAAAGUCAACAUUUUGUAGAUUUGUUUCCCUUAUAGACCUGGAGCCUCCUCAGAACCUGAGAUUUGAUGAAAUCAAUGAGUCAUCUGUAGUUGCAAAAUGGGAUCCUCCAAAUGCUGAAACAACCACAUUCAAAGUAUCUUAUCAGCUUGCAGAGGGAGGUGAGACAUGCUCCUUUUUAUAUACCUUAUUCCAUAUCUCUCUAGCUAUUUCGUGUGUAUCCUCCAAAUCAUACGCCAUCUUAUCAUAUCAUUCUAUCGCCUCCAUAUUCCAAAUCACUCUGUGUUUUGUUUAAAGCACAACCCUCAACUAAGUCUACCAUUUUAGUAUCUCGCGUUUUAUGGUCACUCUAGUCUCACUCAUUAAAGUUUAUUUGUUGUGUUUCAGGAGAACCGGAAAGUGUCAACGUAGUUGGAACAAGCACUAGUCUGAAGGACCUGACCCCAGGAGCUCAAUACGAGGUUACUGUGGUUUCAGUUCGAGGUUUUGAAGAAAGUCAGCCUUUGUCUGGUUAUGUGACCACAGGUAUUGAAUAUAAAUGAGCUUUGACUAAAAUAACAGAAACUGUAAAUUGCAUGGUACAUAUAUGCAGAGAUUUGAAAAAGCUAAAAAUAAUUCAUUGUUUUUGCAUUCACUGCAUCUCCAAGUAUAAGCAGUGACAAGGCUUAUUGGAGAGGGUAGGAGAAGAUCUGUAAUCUUUAGCAUGGAUCUGUCUUUCCUGCUCCCUAUCUGGAGAACUGAAUUACAGGUUAAAAAAAUGUAAGAUUAAAGGUACAGACAUGAGAAGGAGAAGUUUAAAGGAGAGACUUCAACCAGUGACUUAACAGAAUUUACUACCAUUCUCUAGAUCACCUUUCCAUUGUCCUCCUCCUUCCCCAAAAUUUCAGUAAGUGGAUGGGCAUAUGGAAAAGAAGUAGCAUAUAUUAGUCUUGUGUACAGUGAGAAAUUCGGAUCUUCCAAAUCAUUUCUUCCAAAGAUAAAACCUUUUUUGGGGACAUUCGGGAAACCUCGAACAUUUGGUUGCCAUUUCGGUUCUAAUGAAUGUCUGUCCAGGAAAUAAAUUGGGAGAACAAGCCAAGAAGAAGGUGCAACACUGGGCCAGUCAGUGUGUUGCAAAAUAUAUUCAUAAUAUAUUAUUCAUAUAUCUUACCAUACACUGAUAAUACAAUAUUCUAUAUAUAUUUAGCAGUACACUAACCAGAGCAUUUUACCGCCAUGUGGCUCACAGAUCAAGUGAAAAAAGUAACCAAUAGAGGGAAACACAUGAGAAGCAGUUAAAAAAAAGCUAUAUUUAUAUAUCUAUAUGUUACAUAUUUAAUACAUAUAUAAAUAUACAUUUCCGUCACUGCUAUUUUUCCUUCUAUUGGUCACUUCUCACUUGACCGGUGAAUAAAAUCAACAUUUAGUGACUGUCUCCUAGCCCCCAAUCAUCUCUUUUUUUUGGUGUCAUGGGUGGAAUUAAGAAUAUUGACCCCCACAACCGCAAAUGUUCGGUACUGCACUGUUCGUUUAGUCCAUAAUUCCUAUAUAAUCUUGCUCGGAAAUCAGAAAUUCGUCUGGUCACACAGUAGGCCUGAAUUUGGCUGGGUUGCAUUUUGGUCGGAAACAAAUCUCCAAGUCUAGUAGAUAUCACUAGCAGAUAAGGUGUGAAAAAGUACAGUGUCCCCUCAGUGUCCCAAUGGCAGUGGAAAAUAGACUCCACUGUAUCCGAUUCAAAGUUUUUCUAGAUUUUUUUUGAAGAUAAAAUCUUCCAUACCCCCUAAUAAUUUCUAAACAAUCCAUAUCUCUUUUCUAGUUUCACAAUAUGCAUCAUAAAACUGUGUUCCCAUAAUAGCACUAGGUAUUCAUGCUUUACAAAGAAGCAAAAAUAUGCUAUCACCGUGUUACCCUAAUAGUCUAUACCCUUACUGGACCUUGCGGCUGCUAAUGGUUGGUGUGUACCGUUGGGAUAAGUGUGAACAGUCAUCAUCUGAUAGGAGAUGUCAGCCUGUACCAUUGUGUACUGUGUACAUGUUUAAAAUUGUAUCUUAUGUUAGGAGUUUAUUUUGUAGGAGGUGGUGGACCACGCGCUCUACGUGUUUUCGAUGUGAGUGAAGUGUCCGCUCUUUUACGCUGGGAGCCUCCUCAAGGACAUGUGGAUAAAUAUAUAGUGAUAUAUAAAGCAGAGAAUGGUAAGGAAAAAAACAGUGUCUUACAUUCUAAAAUUAUUUAUCUACAGAUACAUUUUUGAAAAUUAUUUCUAUUUUUUAUUAUAAGAAAUUAAAGACUGAUCCAACCCAGUGAGUGUAUUCAUAUAUUAUAUUUUGUGAUAUUGAUAUUUCAUAUUGGAUCUAGACAGGGGCAGGCGAUAUAAUUUCCGACGGCAAAUAUAUUUCACACAACUUGAGAAAGGUAUAACGGCAAAUCCAAAAAUAAGGGAGAUAAAAGAGACAGAGUACAAGACCAGGGACACUGACAACAUCAGAGACCUGUUUGCAUUGCAUUAUAUCUCAGUAUAAAUUUUCAUUUAAUAUUUGUCUUAACGUUUGAUCUACCUAACUUUUUUUUACUUCUGUUUGUCUCUCAACACUCGUCCACCUAUCCAUUUACACUCUGUCAGUUCCCGCGAUAACAAUGGAUGUUCCGGGUGAUCGCACAGAGCUCCCCCUCUCCAGCCUCUAUCCUCACACUGAAUACUUUGCGAGUGUGCAAAGUGUAAGAGAGUCCGAGACAAGCAAACCAACAUCCACAUCCUUCACCACUAGUAAGUGCCAUCACUGGGUCUUCUUAUGUUUUAAGUAUGAGUCUUCCCAUGAUUUUGUGCUGGCUGAUGUUGUGGGGGUUGUAGUUUAAAACCAGUUACAACAUUCAGCUCUUUAUCCAGCAUUUAUCCCCAGCACAAUGAACUGGUUAGACCUUUUUAUGUUUUUUAUCUUACUAUUAUUAUCAGAUAAUGAGGAGACAGUGACCACACAGUGCUCUGGGUCCAUUUCACAAAGCCUUCUACAUGUAGCGGUAAUAGUUAAUAUAUAUAGGACUUCCUUUCUCUCUGUAGGUGCCAACACUGCGAGAGACCUUUCUGCCAGUCAGAUUACGGCUCGUAGUGCCCUGCUCACAUGGAAAGCACCUCCAACUAUUCCUGACGGAUAUCUGCUGAUUUAUCAGACACCGGAUGGCAGAAUGAAGGUUAGGGAUGGCGUGUCAAUCUUCUUACCAUUUCCCAUUUUUCUUUAUCUAUAUCUUGACUUUCUCUCUCUCUGUGUGUCUUCCCAGUAGUCCCAAACUUCGUUUCAUGCAUUAAACACCAGGCUUUCUUCUUGAUAAGUUAUCCACUUUGACCUACUGCCCAAAUUUCAUGCACCUCUCUUUGACCUUGUUUUUCUCUUUCACAUAAAUAGCAUAUUUAUCAUUUCAUCAACGUUAUGCCUGGUAACACUAGACGUCUCUUUUUACAAACUUUUUAACUUAAAAUUUCCCUGUUGCAUUAUCCUGACUCUCCCACAUCUCCAUACUUUGUAUUCUCCACCUUGAGCUUAUUACAUCCUUUUAGCUAAAUCAAUCUUUCUCCUUCAGGAAAUAAGUCUCCCUCACAAUCUUACAAAUUAUACCAUGAGCCAACUCGACCCUCUGACACAGUACAGAGUCCAGCUCCAUUCCAUUCAUGGUGGUACAAAAUCAGCACCCAUCUCUACCUCCUUUACUACAGGUGAGACUCCGUUUGUAAUGAAGGUAUGACAAAAAGAGCUGGAGAGUCAAAAUCUAAGAUGAGUGUUCUUCGUUUACUUUAAUGAGUUAAUAGAAUUAAUGAAUAUUUCUAUAUAUCGUGCCACUGAUAAGUUCAUAAUUACUCAGACUAAUUUGUGAACUAUGAAUAAAUUGUACAUUGCUUCUAAAUUUAAUAAUAGCUUCUAACACGACUUGUUAGAGUGGAAUAUAAAUCCAUUUUCAAAAUACUAGUUCAAUUAUUAUAACCUUGUCAGCAAACACAUUGAGGUGGCAGUGUACCAAUUUUACUUUGCAAGUGACGUUCCAUUAAUCUCAUUAUUGAAGGUAAAUGUAUUAAAGAAAAUUGUCACUCCCUUGAUUUUUAAUAUUUGUUUUACUUAUUUAUUAUUUAAUGAAUAUGCAUCUGUGAGUUGCGAAAUAUAAAAUUAAAUGUAGAAACUGACACCUCUGUAUCCUGGAGCUGGACGCCUCCAUCUUAGCUCCCUGUCAAUCAUUGUUAUAAGCUCUGCCCUUUACACCCAGCAGUCGGCAUAGAAACACACAGGAAAGAGGAAUGAAACAGUGUUCCUUAGCAACACUUUCUCUGACAUUAUCUUAUUUUAACUGGAUCAUGAUAAUUUGCUAAAUCCAAUCAUGUACAUAUAUAAUAUAAUAUAUAUAUAUAUAAUAUAAAUUUGAAAGAAAACGGUGCAUCUCAUGUAAAAAAGGUUAACACAAGUAAUAGGGGAUUUUAAAUGUUUUAUUUACUGGUGUAACUCCCAGAGAAUGACGGUUCCCCUUUAAUGUGGUCCUGCUGUGAAUAUAAAUGCACAUAUAGGUUGAACCAAAUUUUAGUCAUGAUUUGCCAAAUUCUGAAACUUGGAGCCCACCACAAUUCUGGUUAAUGAAUCUUGUUGCACUUUCCGUCGGCCACAUUCUAAUCACUUCCUAAGCGUGUAACUGGGCACAUCUAAACUGACGUUCUCCAUUGAUGACAUCUGGAAAAGUUUUUUUUGUUUUUUUUUCCAUAACACCAUUCUCCAUUAGCUUGUAUGAGGAAUUGGCUUCGAACAAAGAGGAAGAUGUCUUAAACAAUUUCAGCUUCCUGGAACAGUUUCAGGAGUUCUAUCCAACGAUGAUGACAUCUAAUACACAUCUGUAGAGUCACGAGAUGAUAAUUAAACUGGAGAACUUAGCAUCAACCAUCGCUUUCCUAAUAAGAGGCUUAUUAGUAAAACCUAUGUAGUGUACUUAGCUCUUUGUUUCAAAUUCAAACAGAACAUUUCUAUCAAAAUAAUUAAGACACAAUAAAACACGACAUGCUACAUGCUAGUGCUAUCGUUGACACUCCAGUAACACUUGAAGACAUUGAGAUCCGCUUUGGCACAUGUCGAUAUUCUCGAAGUACUACAUUACCGUUCUGUUCUAGGCUGAUGUUAACACUAUAAUACACAAAUAAUUGUCAAUGGUAUUUGCCACUGUUGAUGAUAUUUGUUUCAAGUGCAUUUAUUUUUUUCUGAGACAUUGAGCUUCCUAGACAAUAUUGGGAGCAUUUUGUAAGAACAUUGGGGGGAAAGGACAAAAAACUGUUGUCUUGGCUGCCAGUACAUAAGCAUCUACCCAUUUCUGUGAGAUAAUGGAGGCAGAAACAAGAUGGCGUCCAACAACGGACUCUAGACAUUCACAAGUGCUACUAAAAACAACUGGGCUUAAUAAGACAUUAUCUGCAGUUCGGCAUCUUGUUUUCUUCUAUUAGUAUAAACAAAUUCUAGUUUAGGAUAUUAAUUCUAGCUAACUACAUUUAGUUGUAUUGGUUAUAUGUUUCGCAAUCACAAUUACAAAACAAAAUAAAUAUAUAUAUAUAUAUAUAUAUAUAAAAUGCUCAAAAGCAUAAUAAAUAUGGCAAAUGUGGAAAUAAUACGACUUUUCAAUUACUUCAUUUAUUUAUUAUACAUUUUCUGCAAAUCUAUUAAGCUAGCCAUGAAAUAUGAUGAUUUGCUAAUUGAAUUUUGUUUUUCUGUUGCAGUGUUUUUUUGUUUUUUUCCAACCACUUGCUUUCUGCUAAACCAAGUUACAGACAUCAUUAAUACCUUGCAUUAAUUAGUACAAGCCGGGGCGUAUUAAAAAUCCAUUGAGCUGGUGUUUAUCUUUCUUGUUACAAAUAUGAAGAUUGUAUUCCAUCCAAGCACUUACUGAUUCAUACGCAUAACUCUGUCUUAGUGUUGGAGCCUAUGUCCGCUAAUCUAGGCGUGCCACAAACCUCAAUUCUCAUGGGUAUGAACAGCAAAUAACAUACGUGUUCCCUAAAAUGUGCCAGAAUUUGUUUAAACGCACCAGAAAACAUUUGGAAAAGGCUAAAUAUAAUUUCUGGGAAAAAAAAAAAUUUAAAAAAGGAAAUAAAUCACAACUUUCUUUUCAAACAGAAUAAGUGACCUUAAUGUUUUAUUUCGGCUUUAUGUUAAACAGAUGUAGAUAAAGACAUCGUAUGAAGUGUUUUAUAUAGAUAACACACAUAUCAUAUCUCAGUCCAUUUCAUUUCACAGUAAUGUUCUUUUCAUGCUUCAGGUCAAUGCGUUUCACAGUAAUACAUUUUUUUUAAACUCAGCCCAAUGCGUUUUACUGUAAUACACUUUUCAUAUCUCAGUCCAAUUUGAGCGUUUCACAGUUAUACAUUGCUCAUAACCCAGCCCUAUCCAUUUCACAUUUACCUAUUGCUCAAACUCAGCCAUACACAUUUCAAAGUGAUACAGUGCACAUAACUCGACCAAUGCAUUUCACAAUAAUACAUUUCUCAUAAUUCAGUUGAGUGCAUUAAACAGCACUACAUAGUUCAUGCGUUAGCCCAACGCAUUGUGCUGUAUUACACUGCAGUUCCCAUUUUUGUUAUUUCUAUAUAUAAUCAGAAUAUAUUAAUAUAUUUUUGUAGUAACUGUUUUGAUCAGCAUAUUAUUGCUUGCAGUACGACUGAGGUACCCAUUCCCUCGAGAUUGCUGGGAGCAGAGGAUGAACGGAGAAGUCCAUAAUGGAAUAUUCACUAUACACCUGGAGGGAGAGAGAGAGGAGACUAUGAUGGUAUACUGCGACAUGGAGACUGAUGGAGGUGGCUGGAUUGUAAGUAUAUUGAAACAACACAGCAGUCAGUGGAGAUUAUCAGGAAAUGCCUCUCUCAUUAAAGGUCCACUAUAGGCCCCCAGACCACUUCAUCACAGUGAACUGGGUGCAGUAGUCCUGUGGUUAUGGUCCAGCAAUGUAAAAUAUUUCCAUUUUGUAGAUACAUCGAUAUUUUCAUUACAAGGCUAGACUCACCUCCGGUGGCUGUCUUCCUGACAGCUAGUAGAGGGUGCUUCCACUGCUAUAACCGAAUCAGACUCGGUAAUAUGAAGUUCAAUGUCCUCUCUCAUUGCAUGGGGACUUUAUACUUCCUGUAAUGCAGCUCAUAAAAAAGCAUUGUUUUCAAUGGUUCUCUAUGAUUAUUGAGUGUGGAGCUCACUGUGAAUGCACUUCUUGUUACCAAUGCAUCUGUAUGAGAACCACUGGAUUGGAUGAGAAGAUGAAAGACCCAUUAGAUUGGAUAAGAAGAAGUCUCACAAAGCACAGGUAUUAUCAUCUGUACCACAAGAAACAAGUCACCCCGCACUCAGUUCUCAGAGGAUUGAGCAGUGAGGCUGCAGGGGCAUGUUCUAUACACCAAAACAGCUUCAUUAAGCUAAAGUUGUUCAGGUGACUAUAGUGUCCCUUUAAAGCUCAAUAACAAGAAACGUAGACGACACUCCAAGGUCUGCUAUGGUUUUCUUUAUUGGAGGGUAAUUCUCCUCAAAAUGAAAUGUGACGUUUCGGCUUUAUCGCCUUAAUCAUGCAUAGUGAGUACAAGCAUAUACUGGGUAUAUAUACCCUUUAAAUCAAUCAAUUAACAGAUCACAUGGUCAGUCCAAUUAGCAGUGAAUUCCUAAAAUCCUGACAUGAAUUACUCAUAUUGAUUACAUACCUAUGUGAUCACAAAAAAAACAACAUAAAAACAUGACAUGGAGUAUUGUCUAUUUAAGGUGAAGGUAUUAUAGUUUUAACUAUUUGAUAGACAUAUAUCUCGAUUACAGAAUUGCUGUAUUCUACCAUACACGGAUAUAACUGUUUUUGUUUCCAUUUAGCUACCCUGUAAUAUACAUCAGAAUUUACAAUCAGAAUUGUAGCUAUAUAUUUCAUGACACUGCAUAAGGAUUUAAAUAUUAUAUUUUUGUAUAAUCAUAUUCUGGUCCACAUAAAAAUCGAUCAUCUGAAUUUUAACAAUAUAAUAUUGUCUAAAUGCAAUCCAUAUGACCAAUACUGUAUGAAUUAAUCUAAAUUAAUUUAGGUUUAUAUCCAAGUCAUAACCUGAGCCUAGUUUUAUGUUGUUUUUAUAGAACUUUUUUGUGAUCACAUAUGUAUGUAACCAAUAUGAGUAAUCCAUGCCAGGAUUUUAGGAAUUCACUGCUAAUUGGACUGACCAUGUGAUCUGUUAAUUGAUUGAUUUAAAGGGUAUAUAUACCCAGUAUAUGCUUGUACUCACUAUGCAUGCUUAAGCCGAUAUAGCCGAAACUUCGCAUUUUAUUUUGAGGAGAAUUACCCUCCAAUAAAGAAAAUCAUCACAGACCUUGGAGUGUCACCUGCGUUCCUUGCUAUUGAGUAUUAUCAUCUGUAGUCCAUGAAUAGCUUGAUUAUCACUGAUUAAUACCCAUCUCCAGGAAUACUUUGGGCAGGUAUACUUUGUGAUACUAGGAAAAAUAUAGUAAGCGAAAUAUAGUUGCUCACUAUAUCUUAAGAGAUGGAUAGGGGUUGAAGAUUAUCACACAAGAUUUCCGCAACCUAGGGAAAACACAGAUAGAACUGAAAAGAAAAAGGGAAAAAGGUUUAGUGAAACCACAUUUACAUAAAUAUAUCUACAUUCAUAAAUACAGCAGGAUCUUGUUGGUAGAUGGGUCUCUCAAAAAGACAAAAACAGAGAUAACAAACAAUUUAAGUGUAAUAUUUUUAACUCCAAAAAUUUGAAAAAAAUACUUCACUUAAAUAAUUUGUUAUCCCUGAGACCCAUCUACCAACAAGAUCCUGCUGUAUUUAUGAAUGUAGAUAUAUUUAUUUACAUGUGGUUUCUCUAAACCAUUGGCGCGGAUUAUCUCCUUUUUCUUUUUUAGGAAAAAUAUAGCAAAAACAUGUUGUGGCAGAAGAUUAUUUGAAGCAAAAAUAGGAAAAUAUUGAAAGAAGCCUGAAGGACACAGUCAGCUUUCGUACUUUUGUUCAAAAUAUUCCCAUGUUAAUCUCUUGGCACAACCUGUAUUUGCUGUAUUUCUCUCUUUCUUAAAGGACCACUAUAGGCACCCAGACCACUUCAGCUCAAUGAAGUGGUCUGGGUGCCAGGUCCAUCUAGGGUUAACCCUGCAGCUGUAAACAUAGCAGUUUCAGAGAAACUACUAUGUGAACUUUAGGGUUAAUCCAGCCUCUAGUGGCUGUCUCACUGACAGCCGCUAGAGUCGCUUCUGCGAUUCUCACUAUGAAAAUCACAGUGAGAAGACGCUGGACGUCCAUAGGAAAGCAUUGAGAAACAAGUUUGUUUUCCUGGCACUAUAGUGGUCCUUUAAGGAAAGGGAGAUGCCCCUUGUAAUCAGUGUCUGCUGUUUAUAUUUAUCUUCUUAGUUGAAUUAUUAAAGGUUUGUCCUAUUGUUUGUAUUGUUAUAUUUUGUGAUACGUUGCGUGGUUUCAUAGGUCUUCCAGAGACGGAUGGAUGGGAGUACAGACUUCUACAGAGACUGGAAAUCUUACAAAAUGGGUUUUGGAAACCUGACUUCAGAAUUCUGGCUGGGUGAGUGAUUACUGUAACUGCCAUGAGUUUGUCUGCAAACAAUGUUUUAGAAAUAGAAAGCCUGAAUGCAAUCUGUAGCACUGAGCCAACUGGUUUCCACCAAAGUCCUAAAUGAAAUGUGAAGUCAGCUUGGCUUAUCACAUGGAACUGCACCUGCAAAGUCACGGAAAGCCUUUUUCUAUCAUUAGGUAAUAUUGCCUUGCACAAGCUCUCCUCCUCAGCCCCCUCCGAGUUACGUGUAGAUCUUCGUGCUGGCGAUGAGGCUGCAUAUGCUGUGUAUGAUGAUUUUAUUGUGGAGUCUGAAGAUCGUCAUUUCAGGCUAAGACUGGGAGCCUACAAAGGCAACGCAGGUCAGUAAGGGCACCAUCUGUAGACUGCAAGCUCUUUGCCUACUGUUUCCGUAUGUCAAACAUGUUUUGUGGAAUAUGCUGGUGCUAUAUAAAUAAUUGUAAUUUUGUAAUUUUAUUUGCUAUAAAAUUUAUUGAGAAGGUUUGAUAUUAUAAAACGAGUGGUGAGGAGCAGGUGGUCAUAAGAAGGAAAAUGAUCAAGCUCAAGAUUGGUUGGCUAUGAUUGAGCAGACUGUGAUGGCCAUUUCAUUUGUGUCUUCUAGGGGAUUCCCUGUCUUACCACAACAACAUGAUCUUUUCCACUCGAGAUCGAGAUGCACAAAAAAGGAUCCUACCUUGUUCUGUGUCCUACCAUGGGGCGUGGUGGUAUCGCAACUGUCACUUUACCAACCUCAAUGGGUUAUACAAUAACAACAAAGACCACCAGGUGAGGGGACCUACAUUUACUUUUACCUUAUCAGCCAAAGAAACCCAACAGAACGCUAAUAAACCAAUUGUUUCUUUAUUUCACAGGGUAUGAACUGGUACACAUGGAAAGGCUUUGAGUUUUCUAUACCCUUUACCGAAAUGAAAAUGCGCCCUAGAGGAGGAGGAAACCGUAACCGUCUCUAGAACCCUGACAGUCUAAAACCACUAAACUGAAAACUGGAAGCAACGUGGCACCUCCUGCAACCUUGUGCACCGUCCUUACAGCCAGGACACACAAAGAGGUUGAAAAGUAGACCAAAAAGAACCAAAACAAAUUGGAUCAAUAUCAGAAUUUAGUGCCAUAUUAUUUGCUUUGCUUAUUAGGAUCUACAGGUGGAUGAAAAUAUUAUAGAAAAGGUCUACAUCUUACAUAAGCCCAAUUUUCAAGGGCACGUCUGUCAAAGGCUUUGUACCUUUGAUAAACUCUAGGUAGUUUAAGGCUAUAUAAAACAUCAGAACCUGGAACAAUGAAUGCAAACAAUUCUAGAAGCAAGGACACUAUAAAGCACAAAAUUAGGGAGACAGAGCUAAAACUAUGCUACAACUACUCGCAUGUAGAGCUACGCAGACUGAAGCUAAUGGAAAUCCACAAAUAAUCUAACUGUAACAUAUAAAAAAAAAACAAUAAAAUGCUUAAACAUGAGAAAAUAAAUGUGCAAAACUAAAAACAGAACCUCAGUAUUAUAUAUCCGCAAGUCACAAGGAAAUGUUUUUGCAAGGGUUUUGAAAAGGACAUGGGUGAUUGGUGAGUGUCACGGUAUCAAAAAGGGAACAGAGGUAAAUUUUCUACCUAGUGUUACCCUAUAAUCUCCAUCAAUACAAAAAUAUAAAUAUAUAUAUAUAUAUAGCAAAUGGAUACACUGUCUAUUUUUAUAAAAGCACAGCACUGGGAGAGAUAGGAUGGGGAGGGGAUAUGAUGGAGAAAAUGUGUUCUGUAACUGCUUCUAAUAAAUUCUGAUGGGACAUGACCAUUCUCCGUGUGUUUAUCUACUGGAAGGACAUGACUAGGCCAUCUUUGGAAAACAUGAGUGUACGAGUAUGUGUCUGUGGAGAAUGGAUUGUAGACCUGCUGGAAACCAAGAAUGGCAAAACUAUAUUUUGUUCCUGGCUAUUUCUUCCUGUUUAGACCCUGCGUUAAUCCCUUAUUAAGAAUGGAUGACACGUCAUUUUGAGACACCACACAACCUACCUAUUCUAAAAUUCUGAAUAUCAACUUCUAUAACUUGAUACUGCAAAUCAUUAAUGUUUUCUAUUCUAAAACUCUGUCCAGAAGUAAUGCUAAUAAUUUUAUAUAUUACAUUUUUUUUUAUAGAUAUAAUCAUUUCAUAUAUUAAACUAUGAACUUUUUUCUAGUGCUGAUUAAACCA